AUGGCCUCCAGUGGUAACUUCCUGUGUCUAAACUGUACUCUCUCCGGAGCCUUCAACAGAAGGGGCCAAGUGAGGAUUGCAGUGUUAUAAGGGGAGAAUUUAAACAAGUAAUGGUUAACAGGUGUGUGUGUGUGUGUGUGCCUGUGCCCGUGUGUGGGUGCUUUUGGUUUUGUGUCUCCUGGCUUGGCCUGGUUGGGAGAGCGCCAUGCUAACAAAUUAGCUACUCGUUCCACACAGACAGCGUGUGGUCGCUAGUAGCUCCUGCACUGGGGGAGAGAUGUGACUGUAGACCAUCAUGAUCCAUACAGCCAGCUCUGCAUCCACGCUGUAGGCCUAGUUGAUUGUUUUCAUAUUGGGCCUCAUCGUAAAUCAACAUUGAUGUCAUUAUAGUAGCAAUGACAAUUAUGCUAAUAGUUCCCAAAAAUAUCACUCACUCGUUCGCUCGGUCCAAACCCAUGAGGCAACAGAGGACUUUUCACAGGAUCGGGUCGGGGGGACAGAUGGAGCUUGUGGGGGAGGGGUGGUCAACCACUUUCUGACAAUUUGGGUAAUAGGAGGGUCAUUUGGGGUCCUGAGAACCCAGAAAGAUGUGAGGCACAGCUUUCUCAUAGUCUCCCCUUCCUCUAUUCUGCUGUUCCUCCUUUUGAUUCAGUCUGUUUUCCUCGCUAUUGCCAACGAAAGGCAGUGGGAGCGGGUAGAGAGGGGAAAGGGUGGCAUAGGUGAGAGAGAGGGAUAUGGAAGAGGGAGAGGAGAAAGAAACAAUGAGAGGAACGAUACCGAGUGAGAAAAAGAAGGGAGAGGGUGGUGGUAGGAAAGGAAGUAGUUUUAUUAACUAUGAUACUCUGAUGGAGUGAGGUAUGAGGAAUGAGUAAUAUGGGGCUUUUCUAGCUUGGGGUUGUUUUAAGAAAGAGAAGGAGAGCUAGAGGAAAAAAAAGAGAGAAGAGAGGGAUUGUUCAGAGUGAGCGCCUAGCGAGGACCAUUGUUCAUCCCUUCCUUUUGAGCUAAAGGAGACAGGGGAGGUUCACACACCACUCUCAGGCAUCCCGCUGGGCACCCCGGAAGGGGGCCUUUGCAGUUGGUAAAGAGGGCUCGGCCAUACGGAUAAAUCACACUGAAUGGAGGGGUCUGUGUUUUCAGUUUUAUUCUCUUUCCAAAAAGGAGCCAGAGACAGAGGGAAUUCAACCGCAACCACAGGUUGUCCGCUUCGGUUUUAGAGUGGUCUUGCCUUCAAGUCACCAAUUUAAUGUGGGUUUUGUUGUUGUGUGCGUUUGCACGUUUGAGUGUGUGCGUUUGUGACUCUUAAAACCCUCACCUCUCUAUCUUGAGCUACUAAGGGUCACAUCACCUGUCUACAAAACAGCCAACUAUUGUACAACUUAACGCACUGUGAAGACUGUUUUGCGGACAGAAUGAGUCGCCCUAAAAGUCUUCCCUGGCUGAAACACGUGUUUGACCCAGGCCCAAACUCUUCUAGGAACUACUAUCAACUUCUAGGAUGUUGUUCUCCAGUGUCUGGGGAAGGGACAUGGUUACAACAUGGUGGAUAUUGACAAAUUGGUAUUUGUAAGUCGGCGUCUUGUAGCCAGUCACAUUCUGCUGAGUGGUCUUCUUCAGAACAAGACUUUCCACAGACAGGAUGUGUGUGUGUGUGCUCAAGUGUUUGUGCAUGCGUGCCUGUUUGAGACAAUUAUUUUAUAGGUCAUUGUUGGACUGAUAGCAGUGCCAUACAAACUCAAAUCAUAAUGGCAAACUCAGUUAGACAUUUUCAAAUGUAAUGAGCUCCAUGUUGUGAACUAAAGUCUUACUGUUAUGGAACAUGUGGUGCCAACAUGGAGGACAUGCUGACCCUUCUACACAAUAUCUACAGUCGUGGUCAAAAGUUUUGAGAAUGACACAAGUAUUGGUCUUCACAAAGUUCGCUGUUAUGAUAUAUUUUUGUCAGAUGUUACUAUGGUAUACUGAAGUAUAAUUACAAGCAUUCCAUAAGGGUCAAAGGCUUUUAUUGACAAUUCCAUUAAGUUUAUGCAAAGAGUCAAUAUUUGCAGUGUUGACCCUUCUUUUUCAAGACCUCUGCAAUCCACCCUGGCAUGCUGUCAAUUAACUUCUGGGCCACAUCCUGACUGAUGGCAGCCCAUUCUUGCAUAAUCAAUGCUUGGAGUUUGUCAGAAUUUGUGGGUUUUUGUUUGUCCACCCGCCUCUUGAGGAUCGACCACAAGUUCUCAAUGGGAUUAAAGUCUGGGGAGUUUCCUGGCCAUGGACCCAAAAUGUCAAUGUUUUGUUCCCCGAGCCACUUAGUUAUCACUUUUGCCUUAUGGCAAGGUGCUCCAUCUUGCUGGAAAAGGCAUUCGUCGUCACCAAACUGUUCUUGGAUGGUUGGGAGAAGUUGCUCUGGGAGGAUGUGUUGGUACCAUUCUUUAUUCAUGGCUGUGUUCUUAGGCAAAAUUGUGAGUGAGCCCACUCCCUUGGCUGAGAAGCAACCCCACACAUGAAUGGCCUCAGGAUGCUUUACUGUUGGCAUGACACAGGACUGAUGGUAGCGUUCACCUUGUCUUCUCCGGACAAUGUGUUUUCUGGAUAUAAUAUGCCAUUUAGCAGACAAUUUUAUCCAAAGCGACUUACAGUCAUGCGUGCAUACAUUUUUUUGUGUAUGGGUGGUCCCGGAGAUCGAACCCACUACCUUGGCGUUACAAGCGCCGUGCUCUACCAGCUGGGGAAAGGGGAUUCAUCAGAGAAAAUGACUUUACCCCAGACUUCAGCAGUCCAAUCCCUGUACCUUUUGCAGAAUAUCAGUCUGCCCCUGAUGUUUUUCCUGGAGAGAAGUGGCUUCUUUGCUACCCUUCUUGACACCAGGCCAUCCUCCAAAAUUCUUCGCCUCACUGAUGCACUCACACCUGCCUGCUGCCAUUCCUGAGCAAGCUCUGCACUGGUGGUGCCCCGAUCCCGCAGCUGAAUCAACUUUAGGAGACGGUCCUGACACUUGCUGGACUUUCUUGGGCGCCCUGACGCAUUCUUCACAACAAUUGAACCUCUCUCCUUGAAGUUCUUGAUGAUCCGAUAAAUGGUUGAUUUAGGUGCAAUCUUACUAGCAGCAAUAUCCUUGCCUGUGAAGCCCUUUUUGUGCAAAGCAAUGAUGACAGCACAUGUUUCCUUGCAGGUAACCAUGGUUAACAGAGGAAGAACAAUGAUUUCAAGCACCACCCUCCUUUUAAAGCUUCCAGUCUGUUAUUCUAACUCAAUCAGCAUGACAGAGUGAUCUCCAGCCUUGUCCUCGUCAACACUCUCACCUGUGUUAAUGAGAGAAUCACCUGACAUGAUGGCAGCUGGUCCUUUUGUGGCAGGGCUGAAAUGCAAUGGAAAAGUUUUUGGGGGAUUAAGUUCAUUUUCAUGGCAAAAAGGGACUUUGCAAUUAAUUGCAAUUCAUCUGAUCACUCUUCAUGACAUUCUGGAGUAUAUGCAAAUUACCAUCAUCAAAACUGAGGCAGCAGACUUUGUGAAAAUUAGUAUUUGUGUCAUUCUCAAAACUUUUGACCACGACUGUACAUGGCCAUUCUGCGCUUUUCAUUACAAGCCUUUAGGCAUGGGUUUUUGAAAUUAUUUAACUAUUGAAAUAAUAUCCUGCAUUAUUUCCCAGAUAUCCAGAUAGUAAAAAAUGCCACAACAGCAGACAGUGUGCAGUUGUUUUCAGGGUGCUGUAUCGGUAGUCUUUGGCUAACAGCAACAGUGAAAGAGCGGUCUGAUGUUCACCAUCAUAGAACUGAUACUGUUUAAAAAAAAGUUUUCUGGUAAGUGUUUUGCAUUGAUCUGUGGUCAGGUCUUGUGGACCCUCUGUUGGUGCGCGCCUACACUAGGCUAAUUGCUAUUUAAAGUAGGGAAAAUAGUAUACAGUUGUCAGGGCUGACCAGAGGGCUAAAUACGCUAUGACAGUAAAAUGCCUCUUCAUGUAAAAUGCAAUCCAUAGCCCAUGAGAGAGAAAAUGAGCUUGAAAAUAAUACAAUCACUUUGUGCGUCCUCAGUUCAUAGGCUACUUACAGUAACUGUUAACAAUGUACUGUCAAAGCCACGUGACAUCUUAAGCAGCAGUAGAUCAGUGUGCCGUACAUAAACAUUGAAUUUAAUUUAGACAACUUUUUCAUUGUUAAAAUAGGCCUAAAAAUGUUUUUUCAAAUAAAUAUUAACAUCUGUUCGUAUAUUCUAUUAACCGUGCCCAUCCCUAGAAGCCAUUGAUAAUAGACAAGAUGCUUCAGUUAUUAUUUUUACUAUGAAUGGCUGGACCCUGUACAUGGUUUUCUUUAUGGCUCUAAUGGUGGAUAUUGGAACUGUGUGGGUCUCCCUGUCUGCUCUUCUCAUCCAGCCUCACUCUGAGCCAAUAAAGUGAGUUACAUCUCGCCUGGAUGGAGUAAUCCCUUUUUAUUACACUUAUCCCUUCAGUCUGAGGUCACAUUCACAGACUCAGCAGGCUGAGAGUGAUCUGGCAACCCACACUGCUCCGAGAGGCUGUUCAAGAACACCGUGCUUUCCAGUGUUCAGAGCUAGUGAACAACUGGCAGAUAUAGUCAGGGGACGUGUCUCGAUAGCCUAAAGUAGCCUCCUCCCCUCGUCUCCUCAUUUCCUUCAUGUGUGCUGACCCACAAAGACAGGAAAGGGGAGCAAGGUAUAGUGGAGUCAUGCCAACUGGCUACACCAACUGAACAUGCCCAGGUUUCUUUUAUAUCAGUACAAUGAAGGAAAGGAGAGUAGAAGAUGAAUCAACUAGGCUAUUGAGAUGCACCAAGACUAUUCUCCAAUCAUCAGUCAGAAAGGAAUACAAUAAUUUUGCCAUUGCUCUCUCCCUUUCCAGUUCUACUCGUCUGUCACCUCAUUCUUGUUUGAUUCAUACCUGGAGUGGAUUUCACUCUGUCAGCAUGAGGCAGGGGGAGGGGGUGAUCGAUAAGGCUCAGAGAGAGGUCCUGGUCUCUGAGGAGGUUUGGGUUUCAGGGAGGGGUUCAGAGGCUUGUCCCAGACAGGAGGCUUGUAUUGUAGACUACUGUGCUGGAUAUUGUGCUGGACUGGACUUGGGCCAGACGAUAGGGUUACACACACAUACACACACCUAAACACUGGGGCUUCAGCAGCAUUCCUUGUACGCUGUGGAGAAAGACAGCUGGAAUCAGUGGAAUUCCCUACCCCAAACAGCAGUCACGGACGCACGCACACAUACACACGCAAUAUGUUCAUACUCAGCUAGCCAUUUCAGCCAAGCCCAUCUUUCAAGCCCAUCUCUCCGUCUCGUUCCUCAGCCAAGCCCAUCUUUCAAGCCCAUCUCUCUUUCUAUCUAUCUCUCUCUCUCUCGGUCUCUCACACUCUCUAUGCGAACUUGUUAGGAUUUUAUUACACCUGAACUCUGAGACUUUCAAAUUCCAGUUGCAUCUGCUACAUUCAUUUACAGACUCUCCUGCCCAGAAACAUGUUUCUGAUUUACCCCACACAAAUAUUACAUAUGAUGCCGGGGCUUGCUUAAUGUUUUGAGGGUUCAAAUCUCUUUUUGUUUAAGGCUAGAUGUAAAUAUUUGAAAAUUCCUUUCCUUUUUCCCAUAUGAAUGGCUUGAAAGGUUUAAGAGUGGUGGAGGGACAGUAUUGGAGCAUCUUCCCAGCGAGAAGAAGGUUUUUUGAGAGUGAUGAUUGAUGUGUAGUGGAAGCCCAGACCAACAUUAAAGCCUGGUCAUUCAUGUUACAUACCAUGUCUCAAGUUGACAUUUAGUAGCCUGGUUGUAUAACGGAGGGACAAACAAGCCCGUUUGAAGUGCUGCACAGAGGAUGAUACUAUCUAGGCCACCAAAGGGCUGACAACAUAUGGUGGAAAUUGGUGUUGUAAGAAUAUUGCUUGUGUGUGUGUGUGUGUCAUACAGCCUUGCCAUCAACCAAUACCUCUCCCCUUCACCUGUCACCUCUCUCACUCUCUCACGUCACCCCAGAGUGAAGCAGCAUGCCCUGGGUAUGGCUGUGGCUCAACAAUGGUGUUCUACUGGUUUUUGUGUGCGUGUCGGCGCCGAUGGGCAAAGAGACAAGCAGAGGAUUAGAGGGGGAUUGGAGACCAAGUGCUCAGUCAGCACAUUGUCCAGUGGUGUAGUGUUCACAGCCAGGGACACAGCAUAGAGGACAGUUGUGUUCUCACUAGCAGGGUAUUAACACACACACACACACACACACUGAGAAGGCUCCAAACCCACAUGCGUACAGUGUGUAGGGGCCAGAGUCAUUACAAAGGGCUGACAUUGGUGGAAAAUCAACUGGGGAAUGACAAACUUGCCCCUUUUCCAGAAAAACACAUCCAAAACCCAACCCCCACUGACACACGCACGUAAGCAUGUACACACACACACACACACACACAGACACACUACUCUAGCCCAAAUACUUGAUCCAGAAGCCAUCCCAUCAUCCCCAGCCAAGCCAGAGUGUUAUCUUUGAACUGACUUCCGAGGGACUGCUGGCUUGCAACACACACACACACGCACACACACACACAUACCCACAACUUUGCCAUAAUGGCACUAUCCUAUCAUCUUCUCUUCCAGCCCUCACCCUGUAGGUCCCUAUUUUUAACCCUCAGGAAGAGAAGGACCACUCUACAAAAAUACAAUGAUUUUGGGCUGCACUGUCUCUCUGUCUGUGUCUGUGGCUGUGUCCCAAUCGACAAGAAUGCUGCCUUUUGAGGCAGGACGUCAAAUUGGUACCUUAAAAUGCUGCCUUCUAAGGUGCCUUCAUUUGGGUCGAUUUUGAAGGCAACAUCCCAUGUAUUUUUCGCCGGGGAGGCAAUCCCAUAACAUCUUGCGGUGCAGCGAAAAUUCGUAGCAUUUCUGAAUUAAUGGAGGACAGAAGUCCCCGCUUGGAAGAAAUAUUUCCAGAAGAAUAAGGAAUAACUUUGUGAAAUGUAAGUAUAACGUUUAGUUUUUCACCAAAUUAUGUUGAAUGUUCUACAAAUUACUUUCAUAUGCAUUUUGAAUUCAAAUGUUGAGGAACUGGUGUUUAUCAGCCUGAUGCCAAGCUAGCUUAGCUCACGUUGGAUGCGAUAUAGCUCACUAGCCUGCUUAUCAGCUGUUUGGAGAUGAACAACUAAACUAACUAAUCAUAGAUUCAGCAAUGUGUCAAUUGUGAAGAUAGUUUUUUUUAAAUCAUUCAUUAGUGAAGUUGUUAGCCAUCUAAAGACAUGUAGCACUUCUUUUUUUUCUUCACUCCAUUGGCUUGGCAGGGGAAAACAGUCCUGCCCAAGUCAUUUGGAGGUAAGACAUUUUAACAACAUGAAAACGUAGGAAAUGCAGCCAGCUGUGUUCUGUUCAAUCUAGGCUUGCUAGUUAGCCAAGUUAUUUAAGCAUUUUGAUGAAGAGUCUGUUUAGCUAGCUUGCUGAAUGCAAAGUCUGUUUACGUGAUGUUAGCUGACAUCAACUUUCUCUUGUCGCUUUCCCUUCCCCUAUUGUGUUGCACCAUUGGGUUUGGUGUUACUAGUUAAAAUUAGAGGCUAAGGUCUCUACUCUUACUGUAAACAACUUGAUCAAGCCUAUGAAUAUGUGAUUGCACAUUAAUAAAGGUAGCUUGUCACUGCUUGUUCCAGGUUGAAGGACAUCCCACCCUGACACCCAGACAGAUGUAAAUAACUUGGGAACCUCCCAGCCACCAGGAUAAUCACAAUAUCCCAGGCUUUUAUUCAGGAGUGUGCAACAUCACAAUGUUAGAUAGAAAUAUAUUCACCCUUGUUAUUGUUUAUCAUGCAUAUUUGUCAGGUCAUUGUAACUUGUGAAGCUUAUUCUAAAAUACAAAUGUGAUUUCUGUGCCAGGGGAUUGCACUGUGUGCAAGUCUUCAAUUUAGACCACCAUUAGUUGAAUGAGGUGGUAGUGAAGGGCUGGAACAAAAACCUGUAAACAUCAUAUCCUGUGUAUUAAAAAACUAUCUGUCAUGAGAAAAUAUGCCCUCAUGUGCUGAACAAGCUUAUGAAUGUUGGAGGUUAUGCUAUAUUGCAUCCAACAAUGCAAUAUAGGCUGGGUUUCUGUAUAGGACUUUGUGACAUCUGCAGAUGUAAAAAGGGCUUUAUAAAUACAUUUGGUUGAUUGAUUGAUUGAUAAUCAUCUUGAGAUUGGACUGUGUUUUAAGGACUCAUGUACAGAUACAGGAAAACCAAUUAUAAAAAAGACAAGUGUUGAUGUCUCCACACGUUUCUGGUUUUGAGGCUUGGGCAUCUGGUGACUGCAGUUCAUCUGUCUAAUCCCCUGCAAGGAGAGGGAAAGGCAUCAAUAAUACUACAAUGCUGGAUUCAUUUAAUUGAAUAUAUAUUCCUGUUUGAUCUGUAUUUAUAUAAUUAUAUUGGACAUCCUUUUAUCAAGUCCGUGUUUGUUUUGUAUACAAUGCAUUUAUCUUAAAUUAGGGUGAAGUAGCCUAGGCCUUCUAAUGUAUUUAGAUUGCAUCAUUUCACCUUUCAAUAUUAGUUAUCAACAAAUAUAAAACCAUGUUAUCUUGAACAUCAGUGUAAUUUAAUAAUAUGUUUUGCUCCUGUAAAUCGCUCUGAAUAAGAGCGUCUGCUAAAUGAGUAAAAUGUAAAUAUAAAUGUGUGAGUUGUAUGAGUUAAUCACAAUGCAAGCCUACUCAUUAGAAGAAAAAAACAUUAGCAGUCCUAAUGUAAUAUUAGCUUCCCAGUGAAACACCACUAUUCUGGCUAUAUAUCAUUCUUAAACAGUCAGUAAAAUAGCUUUUUUAGCUAUCUCAAAAAAUCGUAUCCUGUAUCAUGCAGGCAAGCUUACCUGUCAUGUCCACAACGAUGGAGCUGCAGACCAAGCAAUAUGUGAGAGGAGGACCCUAUACCGUAGGAUAAUUAUUCUGUUCGGUGUUAACUUAAUUCAUUAACAGGUACUGAGGAUAUUGAUCCUGUUACUUGUUUACUUGUUAUUGGUGUCAGAUAUUUCCAUUUUGGGAUAGUUGAUCAUUGAAUUGCUAGCACUAGUUGCUUACACUGCUAGAGUGGCUACAGUGUAAACAAACGUCUCGCGCUCUGUGGAAUGCAAAUACAUUUUCACGUGAUGCUGCCUUUGAAUCCUGUCUCAAAUGGCAGUAACCUACUGGAAAAGUGCUACCUAUUAAGGUAGGUGCCUUUUGGAUUGGUACACAGCCUGUCUGUCUGCCUGUCUCAGUCUGUUUGGACAGAUGGGUAAUUUGCGUAGUUUGAGGGGUAUGUCUGAUGAACAGGUGGUGCUGGCUCAGUUAUGAGGCUGCUAGUCAGGCUUGUUUGAGGGAGUGUCCGGACUCCGUUGCAUGAUAAGCAUGCCCCCCCCCCCCCCCACAUCUGAGAUGAGCAGGCAAGAAGAGAACCCUGCCGCUGCCCAAAUGUUACCCUAGGACAAUUGUGUGUGUGUGUCCGCGUGUUUGUGUUUGUGCCUGUGUGUGUUUGUGUUAGCUGGGCCCAACGUGUGCCUAUGGGUUACUCCUCACCGCUCCAGGCUUGGCCUGACAUGAGAUGGGUAAAUUAGUAGGGGGGGAUGAGAGGGAUGGAGGGAGAAACCGAGAGCAGAGAAGAUGAGGUAUUGGCAUCUUUGUUGCAAACCACCGUAACCGGGAGCAACCGUAACCGCUGUGACCGUGCCUUAAGAGGUUUUAAGGGCUUCCAUAUGUGGUGGUUUAGAGAAAGUGGAGGGAGAGAGAUUGAGAAAGAGAGAGAGAGACUUCUGGGGAGAGGGAUAGAGUGAGAGCAUAGGAAGUAUAGUAAACACAUAAACAUGACAUACUGACCUAUCUAGGCCUACACUUUUCCUGCUCGCUAUGGCCCUUAUAACCAAUGGAAAGAUCAAAAAAUGCCACCAAAAUACCAAGAUGACCAUUGGCAUCGUGUGUGUAUGACCAUCAGAUAUGGAGGUGGUAAAAUACUGGUGUUGGGGGGAGGUUAUGGACACACACAGACCUUUUUAGUCCUGUCUCAUUGAAAAGCGUUGUGUGACUCUUCUGGGUUUUAAGAGGGAACGUAACUCAGGAAGGAUUGUCUGGCCACAACAGGUGUUGACAUGCUGAGAUGCAGCUGUCCAGCUCUAACAAACAAUUCCACAACACUUUACAGGGUGAGGAGAGAGAUGGAGGGGGAUAGAAGGAUGUAUAAAGAUGGGAGCUAUGGGUGGCAUAGUGGAGAAGAAAAGGGAGAGGAAUGGACAUUGUCAAGAUAUCUGGAGAGCAACAAUAGAAAGACAGGUGAGGGAAGACUGGGAAAGAGAGCGAGGGAAUGUGGGAAAAUACAUGAGUGCAGGGAAAGUGUAUGUGUGUGUGUCCUGUUCCAUCUCCCAAAUGCAAAUCCACACACAUGCUUGUCUGCGAGCGAGGUGUUUUGAUUUUCUUCUUAUGUUCUGUACCACUAUACAUUUUGGCAGGGUACUGUUUUCUCAGUGACUGAACACACACUCAGCCCUCCACAGAGUCACUUGGGAGGUCCAGCCCUAAUUAACAAUCAACCUUUUGACAUCCUUCACUCCUGGGGGGUUGAGUUAUUGUUUGUGUUGACCCUAUAUUACAAUGAUCAGUCUUCCAAGGUCCGGUGUGGGUGUGCGGAUGCUGGCUCUGCUGUAAUUUCCCAAUACAUACACUCAUUUAUAGUAGUAAAUUAGAAGGUAAAUGAGUUAGCAUUGGGUGCUGAUGAAAGAAAACGGGCGGUAGUGGAAAGAACAACUUUGUUCUUGACUUGUAGUCCCACCAUAGAUUAAAUAGCGUGGCCUAAAAUAGACCACUAUGUGUUAGUGGACUGCUGUAGGUAGUGGUGGAUUGUGGGAUGGUUGUGUUUUCCCUGGAGGAACACCUGUCUAGCUCUGGCCAUGCCGAGGGUCCUGUGGGGUUCCAUGCUCAUAUACACACAUGCACGCCACGUUCAAAGGUGUGGACAAAGCUGUGUGUGGUCAGUGGUCUGUUUUCUCGUUGCAGGAGGUCACACACACACACACACACACACACACCCCCAGCGUUUGGCAGCAAAGGUGAAAUGUUAUACCUGAAAGGAAGUGAGGGUUUGGCUUACCCCCCACACUCACACACACACACAGCCAGUUGAGCUCUUAUCUCUCUCUGAUCAUUGUGUUCUGUCUGUCAUGGCAGUGCCUCUGAAAGACCAGUGCCACAAUGCCUGGCUGGCAAUGCAUUGUGGGGGAAAGGCGUGUUCCAUUUUAAGAUAAGUACCUGGAGAGGGUUCUGUCUUUUUACCAGUCAACUAGUCUGUUUAUUCAGGUAUUGACCUUACAAUCACCUCUAAAGAUGGAAUCCGCAUUAGGGGAAACAGCGCCACUGUUCGCCCCGGGCACCUUUAUUGUUUUUGUUUUGUGGACGAAACAGAGGUGAGGUGUCGAGCAGUGCAUAUUCUGCUGUUCUAUCGUACGUGCAAUGAUGUCCGAAAAAAUAAAAAAAACUGUUUGUUGUUCCCAAAUGGACGUGGCAGUUUCACCAUAAAGGAUUACAGUUUAGACACAUUUUAUUUAGAACUGUUUCGAUCCCCCACAAAAUUAUAUUAUUCAAAGGUAUAUGAUUGAAGUACAGGUAACUGCCCAAAUAAUAGAAACACUUAAGUAAAUGAGGGAUACAAAGUCUAUUGAAAGCAGGUGCUUCCACACAGGUGAGGUUCCUGAGUUAAUUAAGCAAUUGACUUAAAGAUGGCGUCGUACUGGCCAUAUCAUUUCUUACAACCGACAACAACUUUUGAACAUCAGAUUGGCAGUUACUUACCUCAAUACCGGCUUCAGCUUCAACUUCGACUCAUCUGGCCUUGGCUCUUUCUGUAAUUCCGACCCAAUUUCCGGGCUACCCAAGAAGAAACGCCGACGUUACAGAGGCAAGAGAGGGGAGAUCCUAGCGAGAUUAAGGUGAAGGGAGAACUGGCCAUUCUCCUCCUCCAUCUUCCUUCCAUUCACUUAAUAAUAAGAUGGAUGACCUCCGAUCGCGGAUUUGCUACCAACGGGACUCUCAAAACUGCAAUAUUCUCUGCUUUUCCGAAUCAUGGCUCUCGGACAACUCUAUGGAUUCUCCAUUCACCGUGCCGACAGGACAGUGGAGUCAGGAAAAUUGAGUGCACUGACUCGAGUGCGGUGGAAGUGUCGACCCAUUGUUCACCUGUCUUGGAAUACUUGAUGGUCAAAUGCUGACCCUUUUACCUCCCAGUGGAGUUUUCAGCUGUUAUUGUUACUGUUGUAUAAAUUCCACCAGGACAAGAAAAAUAACAAGCUGGCACUUCACAAACUGUUCGAGGCUAUAAGUACAUCCAGAGGCUGCUUUUCUGGUUGCUGGCGAUUUUUUAUUAAGACACGUGAUGCCCGAACUUCCAUCAACACGUCUCCCUCACCACUAGGGGCGAUAAAGUCCUAGACCACUGUUAUUCUACCCACAAGCAACCAUACAAGGGCCCUCCCUCAUCCGCCAUUCAGCAAUCGGAUCAUGACUCCAUACUCCUGCUUCCUGUUUACAAACAGAAGCUCAAACAGGAAUUACUCGUGACUCGCUCCGUUGAGAAAUGGUCUCCAGAAUCAGAGAUUAUGCUACAGUGCUGAUUUGGAAUACGUUUCGGGACUCCGCCGAUAACAUCGACGAGCUAUCCACCUCAGUCACCGGCUUCAUUAGGAAUUGCAUCGGCGACGUUAUCCCCUCAGUUAAGGUUUGCUGCUUCCCCAAUCAAAAGACCUGGAUUAACACUGAGGUUGGCGCUAAACUAAAGGACAGAGCUACCACACACAGGGCUAUCUCAGCCAACCCUGGGGCUACGGCUGAGGACAGGAACAAGUACAAGAAGUCCCGCUAUGACCUCUGCUGAGUCAUCAAAUGAGCAAAAGGACAAUACAUGCCUGCCACAUGUGACAGGGGCUACAGUCCAGUACUGAUUACAAAGGAAGACCCUGCCGUGAUCUGCCCAACGAUGCCUCUCUACCAGACGAACGCGAUGCAUUUUAAGCACGCUUUGACAUUAACGUCGUGUCGGGUGUGAGACCCAGAAGAUUGGGUGAUCUCGCUCUCCGAGGCCGAUGUGAGUAAAGCCUUUAAUCAGGUCAACACUUGCAAGGCCGUGUGGCCUGAUGGUAUUCCAGGGCGCAUUCUCAGAUCAUGUGCAGAAUAGCUGGCCGGUAUAUUCACGGACAUUUUCAAGCUCUCCUUGUCCCAGUCUGUAAUCCCAACAUUUUAAGAUGACCACCAUCAUUCCUGUUCCCAAGAACUCUAAAGCUUCAUGCCACAAUGACUACCACCCUGUUGCACUCAUCUGUAAUCAUGAAGUGCUUUGAGAGGCUGGUUAUGGGACACAUUAACUCUACCAUCCCAGACACUCUAGACCCACUCCAAUUUGCAUACCGCCCCAACAGAUCCAUAGACUACGCAAUCUUAAUUGCACUGCCCUCACCCACCUAGAUAAGAGGAAUACCUAUGUGAGAAUGUUGCUCAUUGACUACAGCUCAGCGUUCAACACCAUUGUCCCCUCCAAGUUCGUCACCAAGCUUAGGACCCUGGGACUGAAUGCCUCCCUCUGCAACUUGAUCCUGGACAUCCUGAUGGCCCGAACCCAGGUGGUGAGGGUAGGCAACAUCACUUCCGCCACGCUGACCCUCAACACGGGGGCCCCACAGCGGUGUGUCUAGCCCCUCCUGUACUCCCUGUUCACCCACGACUGCUUGGCCACGCACGACUCCCAACACCAUCAUCAAUGGUGGAAGGCCUGAUCACCGGCGACGAUGAGACCGCCUGCAGGGAGGAGGUCGGUGACCUGGCAGUUUGGCCCCGCAUCCACAUCGACAGGGCUGCAGUGGAGCUGGUCGAGAGCUUCAAGUUCCUCAGUGUCCAAAUCACUAAGAGCAUAAAAUGGUUCACAUACGUGCACAGUCGUGAAGAAGGCACGACAGCGCCUCUUCCCCCUCAGGAGGUUGAGAAGGUUUGGCAUGGGCCGUCAAAUCUUCAACAAGUUCUACAGCUGUACCAUUGAGAGCAUCUUGACUGGCUGCAUCACUGCUUGGUAUGGCAAUAGCACCGCCCUCGAUCGCAUGGCGCUACAGAGUGUGGUACGGAUAGCCCAGUACAUCACUAGGGCCAAGCUCCCUGCCAUCAAGGACCACUAUAUCAGGUGGUGUGGAAGGAAGGCCCAUAAAAUCGUUAGACUACAACCACCCAAGCCAUAGACUGUUCUCUCUGCUUCCACAUGACAAGCAGUACGGGUGCAUCAAGUCUGACACCAACAGGCUCCUGAACAGCUUCUAUCCCCAUGCCAUAAGACUGCUAAAUAGCUUUCACAAUGACUACACAGACUAUAUGAGUUGACCUUUGUAUUUUAUUCUUAUUCUCUAUUCACACACACAGGGCCUUACACACUACGCACGCUGAUACUCCAACAUAUACAAACACUCACUCCAUAAUUUGCUGUAACACACAUAAUAUGCACAUGCAGUACCAGUCAAAAGUUUGGACACACCUACUCAUUCAAGGGUUUUUCUUUAUUAUUACUAUAUUCUACAUUGUAGAAUAAUAGUGAAGACAUCAAAACUAUGAAAUAACACAUAUGGAAUCAUGUAGUAACCAAAAAAGUGUUAAACAAAUGAAAAUAUAUUUUAUAUUUGAGAUUCUUCAAAUAGCCACCCUUUGCCUUGAUGACAGCUUUGCACACUUUCGGCAUUCUCUCAACCAGCUUCAUGAGGUAGUCACCUGGAAUGCAUAUCAAUUAACAGGUGUGCCUUGUUAAAAGUUAGUUUGUGGAAUUUCUUUCCUUCUUAAUGCAUUUGAGCCAAUCAGCAGACGUUACGAAAGAGAGGUUGAACAGGCUAGUAAUAGGGGUUGCGACAAUUUCGGCGGCUAAUUUUAGAAAGAAAGGGUUCAGAUUGUCUAGCCCAGCUGAUUUGUGGGGGUCCAGAUUUUUCAGCUCUUUCAGAACAUCAGCUGUCUGAAUUUGUGCGAAGGAGAAGCGGGGGGGGGGGGGGGGGGGGGGCAUGGGCAAGUUGCAGAGCUGGUGGCCGGGGUAGUGGUAGCCAGGUGGAAAGCAUGGCCAGCCGUAACAAAAUGCUUGUUGAAAUUCUAGAUUAUUGUACAGUUAUCGGUGGUGACAGUGUUUCCUAGCCUCAGUGCAGUGGGCAGUUGGGAGGAGGUGCUCUUAUUUUCCAUGGACUUUACAAUGUCCCAAAACUUUUUGGAGUUUGACUGGUACUGUACAUUUAUACAGACCCACUCACAUACAAUCAUCAUAUAGGCUGUUGCUAUUCUGUUUAUCAUAUAUCCUGAUGCCUAGUCACCUUAACCCUAUACAUAUCUACCUCUAUCACUCCAGUAUCCCUGCACAUUGUAAAUAUGGCACUGGAACUGACUGACUUACUUACUUUAUCAUGUUCUUCUUAUUUGUUAUUUUUGUAUCUUGUGUAUUUUUGUUCUACCUUGUUAUUUUUAGUAUUACAUUGUUAUUGAUUACUGCAUUGUUGGGGUUAGAGCUUGAAACAAAGGCAUUUCACUGGAAAUGGGCAUGUGACAUAAAAAACUUGAAACAUUGAAACAAUUAACAUUCCAUCGUGCUUAGAGUCAUAUAUAAAAAUGCUGGGCAGGCCAUUAUUUUGUCUAUCUUGGCUAUGCCCCCAUAAGAUGACAAUGCCCCAUCCACAGGGCACGAGUGGUCACUGAAUGGUUUGAUGAGUAUGAAAUUGAUGUAAACCAUAUGCCAUGGCCAUCUCAGUCAUCAGAUCUCAACCCAAUUGAACACUUAUGGGAGAUUCUGAAGCAGUGCCCGAGAAAAUGUUUUCAACAAAACACCAAAUGACAUUUCUUGUGGAAGAAUGGUGUCGCAUCCCUCCAAUAGAGUUCCAGAGACUUGUAGAAUCUAUGCCAAGGUGCAUUGAAGCUGUUCUGGCACCCUAUUAAUACACUUUAUGUUGGUGUUUUCUUUAUUUUGGCAGUUACCUGCAUAUCUAUCCACAUCUACACGGUUCACUCAUAUGGUCUUGAGUUUUAUGAAUCCACUCAACUUGUGGUUUAAUUUUCUGUGUGUGUGUAUUCGAGUUCACACACAUGCAUGUGUUUGUGUGUGUUUUUGUAUUGAACCCUGUCAUUUUAUAGGUCUUCUCAGUGCAAGUGGCCUGUGCUGUUUAAAGCAUGUUUGACAAUGCAGCCUCUCUCAUGUGGAUCCAUGUGACAUGAUUGCUCUGCCAACUCUAGACACAAGGCUCUAAUUUAGUCCGACAUAAACCCACACUUAGAAAGCCAUUCAUAUAGACCCGCAUAUACAACCCUGCUCAUGGAAACCCAUACACACUCAUGUAAAUUUAGCAUAGAUUAAAUUGUUGAUCAGCAUGCACCAACCCGAAUGAAUAGUAUUAGUUACGACCUGACCAAGUCUAAGAGGAGUAGUGUCUGUGUGUGUGCAUGUGUGGGUGUGUGCGUGAGCAUAAGUUUGCGUGUGUGCAUGUGUGUCUGUAUGAUGCUACAGAUAAUUCCUUGUCUGAUCUAGAUUCUAGGGGGUAAGAAAGGAACAGUGUUUUCAGGCUUUCUGUCUUUGUCAUCAGUCAUUAGGGCCUUAAUUCUAGCCUGGUCCCUUGUUCUAUGUGUCUGAAAGGGACAGGGCUUGGAGACACUAAGGAGGGACCACACGCCUCAGGGGAGAGAUUAGAAAGGGAAGGAGCCAGAAAAGGCUGGAAAAAUAAUGACUGAGUGGGAUUUAUUUUUGUCUUUGUCGUGUUAGAAUCUUUUGGGAAGAGAGAGCGGGAGAGUAAGACCGAGAAUGGAGGAAAAGAAAAAAUGAAAAGAGAGGCCAUUAAUUUAGAGAGAGAGAGAGAGAGAAUGAAAAGAGAGGCCAUUAAUUUAGUGCUGUGGGAGGCUUCUGAAGGUUAGUGUGUGUUUGGUGCCAGGCUCUCCUGGGUUGACUGAUGCCUUUGUGAAGAGGCCAGGAACCAACCACACACACACAGUCUUUAACUGAGUUCAAAGAGAGCGAGAAAUGUGAGGCUUUUUUCACUCCCCGUAAUGGACCCGAUUUGCUGAGAUUCAUAUAAAUUUGGGUUAUUAUUAUUUUUUGCUUAAUAUUUUUUAGUGCAGCCUAAGACACACUCUCUCGAAGGCUGUCAGUGGAAAACAUCUCAAAUCAAAUUUGAUUGGUCACCUACACAUAUUUAGCAGAUGUAAUUGCGGGUGUAGUGAAAUGCUUGUGUUCCUAGCUCCAACAGUGCAGUAGUAUCUAACAAUUCACAACAAUACACAAAUCUAAAAGUAAAAGAAUGGAAUGAAGAAUGUAGUCCCCUGUAGCUCAGUUGGUAGAGCAUGGCGCUUGCAACGCCAGGGUUGUGGGUACGUUUCCCACGGGGGGCCAGUAUGAAAAUGUAUGCACUCACUAAACUGUAAGUCACUCUGGAUAAGAGCAUCUGCUAAAUGACAAAAAAUUAUAAUAAUUGGGUUGUAUAAAUAUACAUAUUAGGACGAGCAAUGUUGGAGUGGCAUUGACUAAAUACAGUAGAAUAGAAUACAGUAUCUACAAAUGAGAUGAGUAAAGCAGUAUGUAAACAUUAUUAAAGUGACUAGUGUUCCAUUAUUUAAAGUGGCCAGUGAUUCCAUGUCUAUGUAUAUAGGGCAGCAGCCUCUAAAGUGCAGGGUUGAGUAGCCGGGUGGUACCCGGCUAGUGAUGGCUAUUUAACAGUCUGAUGUCCUUGAGAUAGAAGCUGUUUUUCAGUCUCUUGGUCCCAUCUUUGAUGCACCUGUACUGACCUCGCCUUCUGGAUGAUAGACAGGCCGUGGCUCGGGUGGUUGAUGUCCUUGAUUAUCUUUUUGGCCUUCCUGUGACAUCGGGUGCUCUAGGUGUCCUGGAGGGCAGGCAGUGUGCUCCCGGUGAUGCGUUGGGCAGACCGUACCACCCUCUGGAGAGCCCUGUGGUUGCGGGCGGUGCAGUUGCAGUACUGCACACCCACACGCUGGACCGAUAUCUACAAAAGGCAAUAUUUUUGCAAAAUAUGUGUAUCGCUCCUGUGUAUUGCUCAUGUGUGUGUGUUUUUUUAUAUAGCCUUUUGUAGAUAUUUGUACAACCAAUCUGUACACACACUUCACCCCUUACUCAUUGAAGCUGUCAGCCUCUUUCAAAGGGGCUAAAAGCAUCUGAGGAGGCAUCGCAGCCUCACUCUCAUGUCCAUAUACAAGCAUGUACACACACACGCGCACACACAAAACUGAUGGGUACACAUUCUCACUUGCAUACAGUGUUCACACAGAAUGCCUUAACAAAAUGGAAGCCAGUGAAAUUAAGGCCAGAUAUAUUUAUUGUACUACUUUAAUAGCACGAGACUGUGGUUUUGCCCCAGCUGAAAACAUAUCCAUCACACACACACACACACACACACACACACGUGCGUGUUCAGGAUAUAUGGAGUGUAUAAAUGCACCAGUCUUGGCUACCAGUCAUAUAACAUACAGCUCAUUGGUUUUAUGACAGUCAGAUUAAAUGAGUGGAUGAGGCUGCUGACACUUUCAUAAGCAUAUCUGACAGCUUUGCUAUGGCCUACCCUGUAUGGGUAGUGAUGAGACACGAUGUAUUGUUCUUGAUAUGGUCUGUGCUCAUAGGUGCAGUAGGUAACUGUUUAUUUUUAUUUUUUAUGGCUUGACUCAAGGCUGUGUUAGCCUAUUGAGCUAAAGCAGGGGUGGGCAUACUUUUUGGCUUGAGGGCCACAUCGGGAUUUCGAAAUUCUCAUUUUUUGGGGACCGAUUUGUUUGUCAAAAUCAAUUUGCAGGCCAGAAAAAGGGCAGAUAGCUAACGGCUAGACAUAGUUGUGGGACCCCCCCACAACUCUUAGGGCUGGUUUCCUGGACAAAGAUUAAGCCUAGUCCCACACUUAAAAGCUAUUUCAAUGGAGAUUCUCCGUUGAGCGUGCUUUUUAACCCAGGAUUAGGCUUAAUCUGUACAUGGUACACCAAACCUCAGGCAAGUCUACUCAUCACAAGAGGAUAGUUCACCAAACCACCUCUGCUAUACAAGCAUGUCCUCUAAGUGUAUUCUUUUAGCAUUUUCCUAACCCGGUUCCCUCUUCUCUCUGUCUCUUUCCAGGCGUGUUGGGCAGUGCGGAGUGUUCAUGCGGGCGCAACCACUUCACGUGUGCAGUGAGCGCGUUUGGGGAGUGUACAUGUAUCCCGGCCCAGUGGCAGUGUGACGGGGACAACGACUGUGGAGAUCACAGCGACGAGGAUGGAUGCAGUGAGUUACACCUAAAUAUCUCUGUUUGUCUCUUUCUCUCUCGCUUGACGUGACUAUAUUUAGUACAAUAUCGAAAUGUGCCACAUAUUAUUUUUGUUGUUGUUGGUGUAAUGACAUUUGGUGUCAGUGCAGCUAGUACAAGUGGCUAUACAGGUCACAUAUAAAUUGUAUGAUUGUCGUAGAAUAGGCAACUCCAGUGUCUAAGUUUUAAUUUAAAAUUUAAAAUCAAAAUUGUUGUAUUUACAUAACAAUAUAAAUGUAUUGUGUAAAAGCAUAUACAGUGGGGGAAAAAAGUAUUUAGUCAGCCACCAAUUGUGCAAGUUCUCCCACUUAAAAAGAUGAGAGGCCUGUAAUUUUCAUAAUAGGUACACGUCAACUAUGACAGACAAAUUGAGGGAAAAAAAAUCCAGAAAAUCACAUUGUAGGAUUUUUAAUGAAUUUAUUUGCAAAUUAUGGUGGAAAAUAAGUAUUUGGUCACCUACAAACAAGCAAGAUUUCUGGCUCUCACAGACCUGUAACAACUUCUUUAAGAGGCUCCUCUGUCCUCCAUUCGUUAUCUGUAUUAAUGGCACCUGUUUGAACUUGUUAUCAGUAUAAAAGACACCUGUCCACAACCUCAAACAGUCACACUCCAAACUCCACUAUGGCCAAGACCAAAGAGCUGUCAAAGGACACCAGAAACAAAAUUGUAGACCUGCACCAGGCUGGGAAGACUGAAUCUGCAAUAGGUAAGCAGCUUGGUUUGAAGAAAUCAACUGUGGGAGCAAUUAUUAGGAAAUGGAAGAUAUACAAGACCACUGAUAAUCUCCCUCGAUCUGGGGCUCCACGCAAGAUCUCACCCCGUGGGGUCAAAAUGAUCACAAGAAUGGUGAGCAAAAAUCCCAGAACCACACGGGGGGACCUAGUGAAUGACCUGCAGAGAGCUGGGACCAAAAUAACAAAGCCUACCAUCAGUAACACACUACGCCGCCAGGGACUCCAAUCCUGCAGUGCCAGACGUGUCCCACUGCUUAAGCCAGUACAUGUCCAGGCCCGUCUGAAGUUUGCUAGAGUGCAUUUGGAUGAUCCAGAAGAGGAUUGGGAGAAUGUCAUAUGGUCAGAUGAAACCAAAAUAGAACUUUUUGGUAAAAACUCAACUCGUCGUGUUUGGAGGACAAAGAAUGCUGAGUUGCAUCCAAAGAACACCAUACCUACUGUGAAGCAUGGGGGUGGAAACAUCAUGCUUUGGGGCUGUUUUUCUGCAAAGGGACCAGGACGACUGAUCCGUGUAAAGGAAAGAAUGAAUGGGGCCAUGUAUCGUGAGAUUUUGAGUGAAAACCUCCUUCCAUCAGCAAGGGCAUUGAAGAUGAAACGUGGCUGGGUCUUUCAGCAUGACAAUGAUCCCAAACACACCGCCCGGGCAACGAAGGAGUGGCUUCGUAAGAAGCAUUUCAAGGUCCUGGAGUGGCCUAGCCAGUCUCCAGAUCUCAACCCCAUAGAAAAUCUUUGGAGGGAGUUCUGUGAAAGUCUGUGUUGCCCAGCGACAGCCCCAAAACAUCACUGCUCUAGAGGAGAUCUGCAUGGAGGAAUGGGCCAAAAUACCAGCAAUAGUGUGUGAAAACCUUGUGAAGACUUACAGAAAACGUUUGACCUGUGUCAUUGCCAACAAAGGGUAUAUAACAAAGUAUUGAGAAACUUUUGUUAUUGACCAAAUACUUAUUUUCCACCAUAAUUUGCAAAUAAAUUCAUUAAAAAUCCUACAAUGUGAUUUUCUGGAUUUUUUCUCCUCAUUUUGUCUGUCAUAGUUGACAUGUACAUAUGAUGAAAAUUACAGGUCUCUCUCAUCUUUUUAAGUGAGAGAACUUGCACAAUUGGUGGCUGACUAAAUACUUUUUUUUCCCACUGUAAAUGUUCAAUGACUUUAAUGUUUUUAUUUUGGAAGUUGGUUGAAGAAAUACAGCACUAUGUAAACUACAGCAGUAUGUGAACCAUCUCCAUAUUGUACCUUAUUUAGUCUCUGGACACAUGGGACAUUUUUUUUAUUUAUUUGGAGUUUUUUCCUUCAAAUAAUCAAAUCUUCAUAAUUUAUGCUGGACCGAUAUUACAUUUACAUUUACGUCAUUUAGCAGACGCUCUUAUCCAGAGCGACUUAUAAAUUGGUGCAUUCAACUUAUGAUAGCCAGUUUUUUUGAUGGGGGGGUGGGGGAGGGGGGGAGAGAAGGAUUACUUUUAUACUAUUCCAGGUAUUCCUUAAAGAGGAAGGGUUUCAAGUGUCUCCGGAAGGUGGUCAGUGACUCCGCUGUCCUGGCGUCAUGGGGGAGCUUGUUCCACCAUUGGGGUGCCAGAGCAGCGAAUAGCUUUGACUGGGCUGAGCGGAAACUGUGCUUCCGUAGAGGUAGGGGGGCUAGCAGGCCAGAGGUGGAUGAACGUAGUGCCCUCGUUUGGGUGUAGGGUCUGAUCAGAGCCUGAAGGUAAGGAGGUGCCGUUCACCUCACAGCUCCGUAGGCAAGCACCAUGGUCUUGUAGUAGAUGCGAGCCUCAACUGGAAGCCAGUGGAGUGUGCGGAGGAGCGGGGUGACAUGAGAGAACUUGGGAAGGUUGAAAACCAGACGGGCUGCAGCGUUCUGGAUAAGUUGUAGGGGUUUAAUGGCACAGGCAGGGAGCCCAGCCAACAGCGAGUUGCAGUAAUCCAGACGGGAGAUGACAAGUGCCUGGAUUAGGACCUGUGCCACUUUCUGUGUAGCUAUCUACAAAAGGCAAUAGUUUUACAAAAUCCACACACAGGUGCACUAAACACACUCAAAAAAACUGUUUUUCAGUGUUUUUUGUUGUUGUGUGUAUCGCUCAUGUGUGUGGGUUUUUAUAUUGCCUUUUGUAGACCAGUGACAUCCCACUUUAAAUCUUAUCACCCUGUAUGGCAGCUCCACGUUGGCACAUAGCACUGGGUCAUUCAGCCAAUCAUUGAUCUCAUUGGUUCCAUAUGUACUCAUUUGUACCAACCUAGUGGAGUCACUGAAACAAGCUCCACUGUGUCAGAAAUGGAGAACCAUAACAUUCAGUGGUCCACUCUGACUGUGUAUGUUCUCUGUGCUCACUAACGGAUGCUUGAGUGACAUUUGGCUUCUGCUAAGCUUUCAGAGAAGCACUGGCACCAGAGCUGUUGGUGGUGGUGUGUGUGUGCGCAUGCGUUUAUGUUUGUGCAUGUAUGUGCGUGUGUGAGAAUGCAUACAGGCGUGUGUGUGUGCACGUUUCUUCUCAUCUGUCCACCUCUUUCCCAGUAAGGAAGGGGGAGGAGGGAAGUAAUUGGUGAUGCCUUGCCCCAGGCACUUAGCAUUAUUGAUCCCGGCCAAUAGAAUCAGUGUGGAGUCUGAUCGCUCCCUAUUGAUCACUGGUACUGAGAUCAUUUAAGCAGACACAUGUAAGCAGGCAGUAGAUAUUAGCCUUUUCAAUUAGCCCUCUUCAAUCCAUUAGUCCUGUCUGAUCGAUCCUGGGCAGAUCGCUCACUGUGAUCACUUUGUGAGGCUGGCUUGAGGUAAAGCUGCCCAUAACCACAGUUCUAGGAUAGGUUUACUCCUAUUCAACACUGAACCUAUGUGCCCCGUUUCUGACAAUACAUAUCUGUUAUGUAGCGUGGAAAAAAUAAUUGGGGGGGGGGGGAUAUACUUCUCCCAUGGGCAAAGAAAUUCAAAAAGGGGUGAUGAUAUUAAUUAAUAGUAAUUUCAAUCCGAAUGUGCAAAUUGUCCAAAUAGAUACGCAAGGUAGAUUGAUUAUUUUAAAUAUGGUAUUGGACCAUAAACAGAUAUGGCUCAUUAACCUUUACGGACGAAAUAAUGAUGAUCCACAAUUCUUUGACAAUAUAUAUAAUAAAUUAUCAACCCUGCAAGCAAUUCAAGACAAUAUUAUUAUGGUGGAGGAUUAUAAUACUGUUUUAAAUAGCUCAAUGGACCGUAAAGGAAAUCACACCACAAACAAUCACCCACAUGCUCUUAAGGAAAUUGUGAAUGUCAUGGAUACAUUAGAACUAGUAGAUAUAUGGAGGCUUAAAUAUACUGAUCUAGUGAGAUAUACAUGGCGGAGACUGAAUCAAGCUAGUCGUCUUGACUUCUUUCUUAUCUCAUUCUCGUUGGCACCAAAAGUAAAAAAAAGUGUUGAUAGGGGACAGAAUGCGGUCGGACCAUCAUAUAAUAGGCAUAUACAUUACUCUUAAUGAAUUUCCACGUGGGCGAGGAUAUUGGAAAUGUAAUCAAAGCCUAUUGGAUGAUAAUUUAUUUAUAAUUAGAACAAAGGAAUUUCCCUUAUUGUAUGGGACACCUUUAAAUGUGCCUUUAGAGGCCAUGCAAUUCAGUACUCAUCUCGAAAACAAAAGCAAUUUAGGUCAAAAUAGUUUAUACUAAGAAAGGAAAUAGAAAGUCUAACAGAACAGAUAGAUGGCAAUAAAAACUGUAACAUAGAGGCUCAGAAUAAAUUAGAGGAAAAGCAAAAUGAAAUGGAGAAACUUAUUCAAGAAAGAUCAAGUGUAAUAUAUUAUAAAAAUAAAGCAAACUGGAUGGAAUAUAGGGAAAAAUGCACAAAAUUAUUUUUUAAUCUUCAACAUAGGAAUGCUACCAAAAAUAACUUAAUGAAACUGGUUACAGUUGACGGAGUCACCCAUAAUUCACCAAAUGAUAUUUUGAAGGAAGAAACAAAGUACUUUAAGCAUAUGUUUUCUUUUCAGUCGCCUCCAUCUCCUCUAACUGAAGAGAUUUUUUUUUCUAUUGAUAAUGUCAAGUUAACAGCCACACAGAAAGACUAAUGUGAAGGUGAAAUUACAGAAGAGGAACUUCUGGAUGCAAUUAAAGACUUUAAGUCUGGGAAAACUCCAGGGUUGGAUGGCAUACCAGUCGAGGUAUACCAAACCUUUUUUGAUAUACUAAGAGGACCGUUAUUAGCAUGUUUUAACCACUCCUAUGUAAAUGGUAGAUUAUCUGACACUCAAGAAGAAGAUCUCAUUAUUACUGAAACAGGAUACAAGUGGAAAAUAUAAAGAUCCAGUCCAUUUACAAAAUUGGAGGCCCCUUACACUUCAGUGUUGUGAUGCAAAAAUUCUAGCAAAAUGUAUAGCGCAUAGAAUUAAAAAGGUAUUGUCGGAUAUUAUUCAUUCUAAUCAGACAGGUUUUUUACAUGGAAGAUACAUUGGAGAUAAUAUAAGGCAAGUAUUGGAAACAAUAGAACACUAUGGAAAAUAUGGGAAACCAGGCCUGCUAUUCAUAGCAGACUUUGAAAAGGCAUUUGAUAAAGUACGACUGGGGUUUAUAUAUAAAUGCCUGGAGCAUUUCAAUUUUGGAUAAUCUCUUAAUAAAAUGGGUCAAAAUCAUGUAUAGUAACCCUAGGUGUAAAAUAGUAAAUAAUGGCUAUUUCUCUGAACGUUUUAAACUGUCAAGAGGAGUGAAACAAGGUUGGCCACUAUCGGCAUAUCUAUUUAUUGUGGCCAUCGAGAUGUUAGCUAUUAAAAUCAGAUCCAAUAAUAAUAUCAGAGGAUUAGAAAUCCAGGGCUUAAAAACAAAGGUGUCAUUGUACGCUGAUGAUUCAUGUUUUCUUUUAAAUCCACAACUAAAAUCCCUCCACAGCCUCAUAGAGGAUCUAGAUACAUUUUCUAACCUCUCUGGAUUACAACCAAAUGAUGGCAAAUGUAUUAUAUUACGUACAGUGGGGGGAAAAAAGUAUUUAGUCAGCCACCAAUUGUGCAAGUUCUCCCACUUAAAAAGAUGAGAGAGGCCUGUAAUUUUCAUCAUAGGUACACGUCAACUAUGACAGACAAAAUGAGAAAAAAAAUUCCAGAAAAUCACAUUGUAGGAUUUUUUAUGAAUUUAUUUGCAAAUUAUGGUGGAAAAUAAGUAUUUGGUCAAUAAUAAAAGUUUCUCAAUACUUUGUUAUAUACCCUUUGUUGGCAAUGACACAGGUCAAACGUUUUCUGUAAGUCUUCACAAGGUUUUCACACACUGUUGCUGGUAUUUUGGCCCAUUCUUCCAUGCAGAUCUCCUCUAGAGCAGUGAUGUUUUGGGGCUGUCGCUGGGCAACACGGACUUUCAACUCCCUCCAAAGAUGUUCUAUGGGAUUGAGAUCUGGAGACUGGCUAGGCCACUCCAGGACCUUGGAAUGCUUCUUACGAAGCCACUCCUUCGUUGCCCGGGCAGUGUGUUUGGGAUCAUUGUCAUGCUGAAAGACCCAGCCACGUUUCAUCUUCAAUGCCCUUGCUGAUGGAAGGAGGUUUUCACUCAAAAUCUCACGAUACAUGGCCCCAUUCAUUCUUUCCUUUACACGGAUCAGUCGUCCUGGUCCCUUUGCAGAAAAACAGCCCCAAAGCAUGAUGUUUCCACCCCCAUGCUUCACAGUAGGUAUGGUGUUCUUUGGAUGCAACUCAGCAUUCUUUGUCCUCCAAACAUGACGAGUUGAGUUUUUACCAAAAAGUUCUAUUUUGGCUUCAUCUGACCAUAUGACAUUCUCCCAAUCCUCUUCUGGAUCAUCCAAAUGCACUCUAGCAAACUUCAGACGGGCCUGGACAUGUACUGGCUUAAGCAGGGGGACACGUCUGGCACUGCAGGAUUUGUGUCCCUGGUGGCGUAGUGUGUUACUGAUGGUAGGCUUUGUUACUUUGGUCCCAGCUCUCUGCAGGUCAUUCACUAGGUCCCCCCGUGUGGUUCUGGGAUUUUUGCUCACCGUUCUUGUGAUCAUUUUGACCCCACGGGGUGAGAUCUUGCGUGGAGCCCCAGAUCGAGGGAGAUUAUCAGUGGUCUUGUAUGUCUUCCAUUUCCUAAUAAUUGCUCCCACAGUUGAUUUCUUCAAACCAAGCUGCUUACCUAUUGCAGAUUCAGUCUUCCCAGCCUGGUGCAGGUCUACAAUUUUGUUUCUGGUGUCCUUUGACAGCUCUUUGGUCUUGGCCAUAGUGGAGUUUGGAGUGUGACUGUUUGAGGUUAUGGACAGGUGUCUUUUAUACUGAUAACAAGUUCAAACAGGUGCCAUUAAUACAGGUAACGAGUGGAGGACAGAGGAGCCUCUUAAAGAAGAAGUUACAGGUCUGUGAGAGCCAGAAAUCUUGCUUGUUUGUAGGUGACCAAAUACUUAUUUUCCACCAUAAUUUGCAAAUAAAUUCAUUAAAAAUCCUACAAUGUGAUUUUCUGGAUUUUUUUUCCUCAAUUUGUCUGUCAUAGUUGACGUGUACCUAUGAUGAAAAUUACAGGCCUCUCUCAUCUUUUUAAGUGGGAGAACUUGCACAAUUGGUGGCUGACUAAAUACUUUUUUUCCCCACUGUAUUGGAUCACUAAAAAAUACAAUUUUUACAUUACCAUGUAGUUUACCAAUACAAUGGUCUGAUGGUGAUGUGGAUAUACUCGGAAUACAUAUCCCAAAGGAAAUAAAUGAUCUCACUUCAAUACAUUUUAAUAGAAAGUUAGCAAAAAUAGAUAAUAUCUUACUACCAUGGAAAGGAAAAUACCUGUCAAUUUGUGGAAAAAAUCACCCUGAUUAACUCUUUAGUAUUAUCCCAGUUUACCUAUUUGCUUAUGGUCUUGGCUACGCCUAGCGAACAGUUUUUUUAAAAUUAUAUGAGAAAAAAAUAUGUAAUUUUAUUUGGAACGGCAAGCCAGACAAAAUUAGAAGGGCAUAAUUAUAUAAUGAAUAUGAAUUCGGAGGACAGAAAUUAUUAAAUAUUAAAGCAUUAGACCUAUCACUAAAAGCUUCAGUCAUACAAAAGUUAUACUUAAAUCCGAACUGGUUCUCAAGCAAAUUAGUAAGAUUGUCUCAAACCCAUGUUCAAGAAAGGCCUUUUUCCCUUUAUUCAGAUUACAACAACUCAUUUGCAGUUAUUUGAAAAGGAAAUCAUCUCCCAAAUAUCACUAUUUCUAAAACAAGCCAUUGAAAGUUGGUUGCAAUUUCAAUUUAAUCCUCCAGAAAUGACAGAACAAAUAAUGCAACAAAUAUUGUGGUUAAAUUCAAAUAUACUAAUUGACAAAAAACCUUUAUUUUUUGACAGAAUGUUUAAAAAAGGUAUAAUCUUCGUAAAUGAUAUCAUUGGUAGGACUGGUGUUAUGUCGCACAUGCAGCUAACAAAAACAUAUGGAAAUGUCUGCUCUACCCAAAAUUACAACCAAAGAAUUGCAGCCUUACCGCAAAAGUGGAAGAGGAAAGUGGAAGGGGGAGAAAGUAAGGAACUUGUCUGUCGGCCUUCCAUUAAAGAACAUAAUUGGUUAAGGAAAACUGUGAUAAAUAAAAAAGUAUAUCAGUUUCACUUAAGGACCAAAGGAUUGACAGCCGUCCCAUAUAGAUUGCAAAAUAGUUGGAAGAGAUUUUUGACGUACCGAUCCCAUGGCAUAGUGUUUAUGAACUGACACGCAAAACGACACCGGAUUCAAAAAUUUGAAUCUUUCAAUUUAAAUUAUUAUAUAAAAUUCUUGCUACCAAUAGAAUGUUAUUUAUAUGGGGGAUACAAUCUUCCCAGCUCUGCAGAUUUUGCUGUGAAGAGACAGAAUCAUUAGAUCAUUUGUUUUGGUUCUGUCCAUUUGUAGCUUGUUUUUGGACACAGGUCCAGGAAUGGCUAAAGGAUUGCAAUAUUUACCUGGAGCUAACCUUGCAGAUAGCAUUACUGGGUGAUCUGAAAAGUCAUAGUCAAUCAAUCAAUAAUAUAAUAAUACUUUUAGCAAAAAUGUUUAUUUUUAAUUCACAAUCUGUAGAAGCAAUGAGAAUAGAAAGGUUCAGAACUUUUGUAAAACAUCACAGUACGGUUGAAAUAUAUAUGGCAAAUAGAAAUCCUAUAUGGAUGGUGUUAAGAGAUAGAUGGGAGGUAUUGAAUAGAGUUGAAGAAUGGGACUAAUAACAAAUAACAACAGAUAAUAACAAAUAUAGCUAAUAAUGUAAGCAUACUGCGUCCAUAAUAAGUAUAUAGGUUGGGAGCUUAUGGGAAAGAGCACAGUUAGAAAGAUAUGGCAUAUAGAAGCAAACCGGAUGGACAUCAUGAAAAUGAUCGGAGAGGUUGAGAGUAGAAGAAGUUCAGGAGAAAGAACAAUAUAUAUAUAUAUAUAUAUAAUAGUAUUAUUGUAAAAUUAACUGUGUCCAUAAGGUGUAAAUAGUAAGUAUAGACCGGAAGUAGAGGCCUGGGCAUUGUUGUUCACUAAUUUACUCCAAGUAGGGAAAGGAUGGUGGAAAAGUAAUAAAGGGGAGUAUAUAUAUAAAAAACAUGGGGGAUUGGAAGUGAUGCAGACAAUUACAUUGAUAGAAGAUACAAUCUAUCUGCAAUAUUAAGCUGAUCCAUCCCCCCCCAAAUAAUAAUAAUAAUAAUAAUAAUAAUAAUAAUAAUACAUAUCUGUUGCAUUACAAACUCACCUUAAUAGGUGCUGAGGUUUGUCUUUCACAAACAUAUAGGGUAAGAUAUGUCCAUAUCCAAAAUAAAACCCUAGGCAUGUGUAGAUAUGAAUUAAAUAGAUGGGUAUAUACGCAAUAUGGAAAUAAUGCAUUAAAGAAAUACAGCGAAAAUGUUAUUGACAAACUGAGGGCAAGGUGGAGCUAGCUACAACCACAUUGCUUACACUUUUCCCCUGAUUUCAGAUCCAUAUGAAUUGCCCAAGGAAAUAAGGGCUAUGGGUUGUUUCUGGAAAUGCCAAUAAUUAUGUUCUUACUUCUAGAGAGAACGCAGUUUAAUAGAAUGCAGAUCAAAUGGCAUGGGGUUGUGGGUAAUGGAGGAAAGUGUAGGUCAUAUGAUCCGGGCCUCCAUUACACAAAUUGAAUUAACUCUGAGCACUUGUGGAGACAGGCUUAUAAAAAACAACGUUGCGACUUUAUGGUUUUUAAUAAACAUUCUCAAAACAGGGCAAAUAAUUGAAUUUAUGGAGUCAGUUUCUCUCUGGGUAGGGCAACAAAUGAAUUACUGUACAUGUUGCAGUAGCAUAGGGGAGACUGUUUGGCUGGGUGAAUUAUCUGAAUGAACACACAUACAUGCACGGAAUUCCAUGAUUCAGCUGUAGGGUGUAGACUGUGGCUGAGUGAAUCCAACACACACACACACACACACACACACACACACACACACACACACACACACAUAGACACACACAUUGCAGUGGUUUACUUAAGUGUGUGCUGAUAGCACCAUGAGGAGCCAAUGACAAUUUAUAUACAUUGAGCAAUUUACAGAGAAAGCACAAUACUCUGGGCUGGAAAUGGCAUGCAAAGUAAACUUUGUGUGCAGGAGUGAGUGUGUGUAUGUGGUCAGUUUGUGUCGGAGUAUACCAUGUAAACCUCCUGAUCUAAUUAGGAAUAGGUUUUACAGUAACCUUUUUCCACUGGUGCUACUAAUGUUUUCAGCUUGUGGCACCAGCACAUGAUAUAGUCUCACCAAUUAAAAAAAAUAUAUAUAUUUUACAUAAUUGAUAAUGACAUGGCCUGUGUCCCAUAAUGUGCCUGCAUUCCAAACAGAACCAGGCUAAUAAUGACUAGCCAUCUUUUAAAUUAAGAUGCCCUUGUGUUCUAACAUUGAUUUGGAUACAUUUUACUGUAACAGCAAAGAAAAGAGACUGUUAAAAUAAAGUGCAAAAUGUAUUUCUCGCAUGAGUUAUUUUCUGCGAAAUCCUCUAGAAGGCAUAAUUUGAAAAAACUAUGCUAGAUAUCAAAACAAUACCACAGCAAAAAGAAAUUCAGUGGCUUGCAAAAGUAUUCACCCCCCUUGGCAUUCUUCCUAUUUUGUUGCCUUACAACCUGGAUUUAAAAUGGAUUUUUUUUGGGGGGGGGGUUGUAUCAUUUGAUUUACACAACAUGCCUACCACUUUGAAGAUGCAAAAUAUUUUUUUUUGUGAAACAAACAAGAAAUAAGACUAAAAAACUUGAGCGUGCAUAACUAUUCACCCCACCACAUCUAGCCACUGGGAUUUAUGCCCAUUCUUCAAGGCAAAACUUCUCCAGCUCCUUCAAGUUGGAUGGGUUCCGCUGGUGUACAGCAAUCUUUAAGUCAUACCACAGAUUCUCAAUUGGAUUGAGGUCUGGGCUUUGACAACAUUUAAAUGUUUCCCCUUAAACCACUCCAGUGUUGCUUUAGCAGUAUGCUUAGGGUCAUUGUCCUGCUGGAAGGUGAACCUCCGUCCCAGUCUCAAUUCUCUGGAAGACUGAAACAGGUUUCCCUGUAUUUAGAGCCAUCCAUCAUUCCUUCAAUUCUGACCAGUUUCCCAGUCCCUGCCAAUGAAAAACAUUCCCACAGCAAGAUGCUGCCACCACCAUGCUUCACUGUGGGGAUGGUGUUCUCGGGGUGAUGAGAGUUGUUGGGUUUGUGCCAGACAUAGCGUUUUCCUUGAUGGCCAAAAAGCUCAAUUUUUGUCUCAUCUGACCAUAGUACCAUCUUCCAUGUGUUUGGGAAGUCUCCCACAUGACUUUUGGUGAACACCAGAAAUGUUAGCUUAUUUUUUUAUUUAAGCAAUGGCUUUUUUCUGGCCACUCUUCCGUAAAGCCCAGCUCUGUGGACUGUACGGCUUAAAGCGGUCCUAUGGACAGAUACUCCAAUCUCCGCUGUGGAGCUUUGCAAGUCCUUCAGGGUUAUCUUUGGCCUCUCUGAUUAAUGCCCUCCUUGCCUGGUCCGUGAGUUUUGGUGGGCGGCCCUCUCUUGGCAGGUUUGUUGUGGUGCCAUAUUCUUUCAAUUUUUUUAUAAUGGAUUUAAUGGUGCUCCGUGGGAUGUUCAAAGUUUUGGAUAUUUUUUUAUAACCCAACCCUGAUCUGUACUUCUCCACAACUUUGUCCCUGACCUGUUUGGAGAGCUCCUUGGUCUUCAUGGUGCCACUUGCUUGGUGGUGCCCCUUGCUUAGUGGUGUUGCAGACUGGGGCCUUUCAGAACAGGUGUAUAUAUACUGAGAUCAUGUGACAUAUCAUGUGACACUUAGAUUGCACACAGGUGGACUUUAUUUAACUAAUUAUGUGACUUCUGGUGGUAAUUGGUUGCACCAGAUCUUAUUUAGGGGCUUGAUAGCAAAGGGGGUGAAUACAUAUACACGGACCACUUUGCCGUUAUUUAUUUGUUCAUUUUUUUUUUUAAAACUUAUGUUUUUCAUUUCACUUCACAAAUUUGGACUAUUUUGUGUAUGUCCAUUACAUAAAAUCCAAAUAAAAAUCCAAUUAAAUUACAGGUUGUAAUGCAACAAAAUAGGAAAAACGCCAAGGGGGAUGAAUACUUUUGCAAGGCACUGUACAAACAGGGAGGAGGACUGUGAUUUCCCUCAAUCUUGUCAUGUUUUCCCUCUCAAAUCACACUUUUUUUUAAAAAAUAUUACAUCCAAUUCUGUUGUUUUUCACAACAAUGCUUAAACACACCAGGGGACCAUUUUUGAGGUCUGAAAAAAAUCUGAGAAAUUUAGAUUUUUUUGGGUAGUAACCCUCAGGUGUGCACCAACCAGCUUGUUGUGUUUGGCUAGUGGUGUUUCAGUAGCGCACUUGUGAUGGAGUUUUCAAAACAAAUGGCCACUGGAUUGAUGCAGAUAAUAAUGAUAUUUAUGCCACUUCCUUAUGCCAUUGAAACCAGCAUUUCUCUCUUGUUUUCAGGCUUUCAAAUCAGCUUUCUUUCAUUGACCAGUAGCCAAAGGCACAAUAGUCAUAUUAGCAACCCAUUCUAGUUGUUGCAUCUUUAGAUCUCCCCUCUUUCAACAUUUCUAAGGGAUAUUUUCAUCUCUCACAUGAAACCGCUCGCAUGUGUGGUGCGCUUUUGAGAACGGUGUUUUCCCGCUUAUUGCAUUUAGAAGCAUUCACACGUAUAGCCUACUGCCGUGUGUGCAUUGCUGCACUUAUAAUGUGAAGAAUUAGUUUAUCAAGAUAUUAAGCUAAACCUUCUGAUCUGUUGCAUCAGCCUCAUUUGCUUUUUUUUUUAUAGCCUGCAGUGGUUGUAUGAAUUUGGGAUCUAUCAUCGCACAACUGUCCCAGAGUCUGUUUGGAAUUUUUAUUUCUCACACAGAACACCAAGCUGACCAAUAUAAUAGGUAAACUUUUCUACUAUGGGGGAUAGUAGAUUGACAUAAGCUAGUGAUUAAUGUGGACAUGGUCUUUUACCAAAUAGGGCUAUCUUCUGUAUACCCGCCUACCUUGUCACAACACAACUGAUUGGCUAAUAAUAAAUAAAUUCCACAAAUUAACUUUUAACAAGGCACACCUGUUAAUUGAAAUGCAUUCCAGGUGACUACCUCAUGAAACUGGUUGAGAGAGUGCCAAGAGUGUGCAAAGCUGUCAUCAAGGCAAAGGGUGGCUAUUUGAAGAAUCUCAAAUAUAAAAUAUAUUUUGAUUUGUUUAACACUUCUUUGGUUACUACAUGAUUCCAUAUGUGUUAUUUCAUAGUUUUGAUGUCUUCACUAUUAUUCUGCAAUGUAGAAAAUAGUAAAAAUAAAGAAAAACCCUUGAAUGAGUAGGUGUGUCCAAACGUUUGACUGGUACUGUAGGUAUAAUGGACAUUAUAAGAAGAAGAGAGAGGGAAGGAGGAAGGGGAGAGAGAUGGAUGGCUGGAUAUAGAGAGAUGACAGGGUGAGCAGGAGAGAUAGAGGGAUAUAGAGAGAUGACAGGGUGAGCAGGAGAGAUGGAGGGAUAGAGAGAGAUGACAGGGUGAGCAGGAGAGAUGGAGGGAUAUAGAGAGAUGACAGGGUGAGCAGGAGAGAUGGAGGGAUAUAGAGAGAUGACAGGGUGAGCAGGAGAGAGAGGGAUAUAGAGAGAUGACAGGGUGAGCAGGAGAGAUGGAGGGAUAUAGAGAGAUGACAGGGUGAGCAGGAGAGAUGGAGGGAUAUAGAGAGAUGACAGGGUGAGCAGGAGAGAUGGAGGGAUAUAGAGAGAUGACAGGGUGAGCAGGAGAGAUGGAGGGAUAUAGAGAAAUGACAGGAUGAGCAGGAGAGAUAUAGAUAGAUGACAGGUGAGCAGGAGAGAUGGAGGGAUAUAGAGAGAUGACAGGGUGAGCAGGAGAGAUGCAUGGCUAUGGAGAGAGGAGGGAGAGUUUGAUGAAAGUUAGUUCUUCCUCCCGCUGACUGUCAGUAAGUGUAGUCUAUCCUAUUAGCCAUGCCUCCCUCCACUCUCUCCUAAAUAACUAAAUUUUCUACGUUUCCUUCCUUUUUUGAGGCGGUUUCUUUUAUUAGUUUUCCAUCUCUCUCUUUCUUUCAUCUCUUGCUUAUCCAUUUCUAUUGGACUUUUUCCCAUCUGCUCUGCUCUCCUCCCUCACUUCACUGCUCUACCUCACAUCUCUUCACUUCCCUCUAUUUAUUCUUUAUCCCCUUUUCCCCUCUCUCUCCUCAUCCCUCGGUUUUCUCUGUGCUGGCCAGCUUAGAUUGAGGCCAGCGGGACAUGAGCUGGUACACACACACACACACAUUUUUGGUAGCCUCCUGCUGAGUUGAAAGGCUCAGGCUCUGGAAAGUAACUGCUUUGGGCCAGAAAGAGGGGUGUGUGUGUGUGUGUGUGUGUGUGUUGGAGGGGUGUGGUGUUGUUUGUGUACUGAGGUAGCUGGUGGGCAGGGGCUGUGAAGGAAAUGUGGGGGUAGUUUUACAGGAAAUAGAAGAGGAGAGGAAUCAUUAUGCCUUUCUAUUUUCUUGUCCUCUGCUGAGAGUGAUUGAAAACAUGUCUUGAGAUAUACCCACCACCACCCCACCACCAUCUCCUCUCCACCUCAGAGUUUUGAGCUUGUGGGGAAGUUUUCACCUGAGGGGGCGUCCCCCCAAAAUGAAUCUUUAUCCCCCCCCCCCCCAACACACACCCCAUAAUCUUCUGCUCUCACCAGUCCUAGCCAAUCAGAGACGAGCUGAGUCGGCGGGGGAGCAGUUGAACAGCAUGUGACAAGAACAGGCCUUAGAGGAAGAGAUUAGAACACCACUCCCUCCAUCCCUCGCUCUCUCCCUCCUUCUCUCUAUCUAGAGGGAGCUUUUCAUCCAGUCCACAUUAUCUCUGCCUGCUCGCCAGGGGGGACCUGCAGUGACAGAAUUCACUUUAUUCUCUCUCUUUCGCUCUGUGGCCCUGUUUCUCUUUCUAAUUUCCCUCCCUCUGUGGUUCGGUUUCAUCCUUUCAUUUCUUCCGCUCUCCUUUCAAUCUCUCUCCAUUUCUCUCUCCCACCUCUGCCUUUCGCUUCCUCCCUCCAUCUCUCUCUGUUUGCGUCCAGACAACAGCAUAAUCCUCCAACUGUCUCGCUCUCUCGCUCUAGCUGGGGCCCACCACCAUGGCCCUCUUAAGGCGCUGAGAUCCAAUCUCCUCCGCCCUCCUUCUUAAAUAUUUACUCCCUGACUCAAGGAAGGGACAUGAUUAGUGAGUGAUUGAGGAGAGACAAAAAGAGGGAAAGAGCUAAUUGCUUUUGGCCUGCCUUUAACAGCAUGCUUUUUGGAGGAGCUGGAAACAAAGUGGGGCUGAAUGAAGCUGGACUUUAAGAAGUCUUAGUUUAUAGGGGUAGUUUUGUGGUCUUUAUCAGGUUCAUCCACACAUACACAUGAACAUCUCAUUCCAAAAUCACCGGCAUUAAUAUGGAGUUGGUCCCCCCUUUGCUGCUAUAACAGCCUCCACUCUUCUGGGAAGGCUUUCCACUAGAUGUUGGAACAUUGCUGCGGUGACUGCGGGGACUAAUCGCACUGAUGUUGGGCGAUUAGUUCCAAUUCAUCCCAAAGGUGUUCGAUGGGAUUGAGGUCAGGGCUCUGUGCAGGCCAGUCAAGUUCUUCCACACCGACAAACCAUUUCUGUAUGGACCUUGCUUUGUACACUGGUGGAUUGUCAUUCUGAAACAGGAAAGGGCUUUCCUCAAACUGUUGCCACAAAGUUGGAAGCACAGAAUCGUCUAGAAUGUCAUUGUAUGCUGUAGCAUUAAUAUUUCCCUUCACUGGAAGGAAGGGGCCUAGCCCGAACCAUGAAAAACAGCCCCAGACCAUUAUUCUUCCUCCACCAAACUUUACAGUUGGCACUAUGCAUUGGGGCAUUCUCCUGGCAUCCGCCAAACCCAGAUUUGUCCGUCGGACUGCCAGAUGGUGAAGAGUGAUUCAUUACUGACUUGUUGGAAAGGUGGCAUCCUAUGACAGUGCUACAUUCAAAGUCAUGGAGCUCUUCAGUAAGGCCAUUCUAAUGCCAAUGUUUGUCUAUGGAGAUUUGCAUGGCGGUGUGCUAAAUUUUAUACCCCUUUCAGCAACGGGUGUGGCUGAAAUAGCCGAAUCCACUAAUUUGAAGGGGUGUCCACAUACUUUUGUAUGUAUAGGGUAGGUUUAGUUAGUAGUGUUGUAUUUGGAUCACACACACACACACACACACAGAUAGAUCUGAACAGGGCCUCCCUCAUUUAGUACGACACUUUAUUUUCUAGAGAAUUCUUUAGCCAUUCCCUAAUUGCAGAAACCAAUAACUAAAAUGUUGCAUAAUAUUCCUCAGAUGCUCGAUUAAGUUCUGGGGGCAAUGUUAGAACAUAUACUAGAUUGGGGAGCGCAGGGCGGUAGCUCUACACCACUCUCCUUGCAAGUUUAUUGACCAAAUGUCCCCACCCUUUCUGAAAUUUGAAAGAUGCAAACACCUGCGAAAUCUGAUUUUCAGCAACAAUUUGUGCUUUUCAGGAGGGAAUAUUUACUGAAUAAUUAUGUGAUGGUUGCAGCCCACAAAAAUGAAAUGGCAUUGAAUCGAAUGAAUAAGAUCCAUUGAUUUAGGUCGUUGUGCCUCUCUCUAGUCCAGUUAUACUGUACAAAUGACUGCCAGUUCAUUGAAAGGUUUGGUGUCUAUGGUAUAUUCUCUCUAGUAGCUAUGAGUCCCCAUUAUUAGAGAAAGUCUGCUACAAACCACACUCACAAUCUCACAGACUAGUUUUUUUCCCAGCUGUGCCACUUACAGUGAGGGGAAAAAAGUAAUUGAUCCCCUGCUGAUUUUGUACGUUUGCCCACUGACAAAGACAUGAUCAGUUUAUAAUUUUAAUGGUAGGUUUAUUUGAACAGUGAGAGACAGAAUAACAACAACAAAAAUCCAGAAAAACACAUGUCAAAAAUUGUAUAAAUUGAUUUGCAUUUUAAUGAGGGAAAUAAGUAUUUGACCCCUCUGCAAAACAUGACUUAGUACUUGGUGGCAAAACUCUUGUUGGCAAUCACAGAGGUCAGAUGUUUCUUGUAGUUGGCCACCAGGUUUGCACACAUCUCAGGAGGGAUUUUGUUCCACUCCUCUUUGCAGAUCUUCUCCAAGUCAUUAAGGUUUUGAGGCUGACGUUUGGCAACUCAAACCUUCAGCUCCCUCCACAUAUUUUCUAUGGGAUUAAAGUCCGGAGACUGGCUAGGCCACUCCAGGACCUUAAUGUUCUCCUUCUUGAGCCACUCCUUUGUUGCCUUGGCCAUGUGUUUUGGGUCAUUGUCAUGCUGGAAUACCCAUCCACGACCCAUUUUCAAUGCCCUGGCUGAAGGAAGGAGGUUCUCACCCAAGAUUUGACGGUACAUGGCCCCGUCCAUCGUCUCUUUGAUGCAGUGAAGUUGUCCUGUCCCCUUAGCAGAAAAACACUCCCAAAGCAUAAUGUUUCCACCUCCAUGUUUGACGGUGGGGAUGGUGUUCUUGGGGUCAUAGGUAGCAUUCAUCCUCCUCCAAACACGGCGAGUUGAGUUGAUGCCAAAGAGCUCCAUUUUGGUCUCAUCUGACCACAACACUUUCACCUAGUUCUCCUCUGAAUCAUUCAGAUGUUCAUUGGCAAACUUCAGACGGGCCUGUAUAGGUGCUUUCUUGAGCAGGGGGACCUUGCGGGCGCUGCAGGAUUUCAGUCCUUCAUGGCGUAGUGUGUUACCAAUUGUUUUCUUGGUGACUAUGGUCCCAGCUGCCUUGAGAUCAUUGACAAGAUCUGCCCGUGUAGUUCUGGGCUGAUUCCUCACCGUUCUCAUGAUCAUUGCAACUCCACAAGGUGAAAUCUUUCAUGGAGCCCCAGGCCGAGGGAGAUUGACAGGUAUUUUGUGUUUCUUCCAUUUGCGAAUAAUCGCACCAACUGUUGUCACCUUCUCACCAAGCUGUUUGGCGAUGGUCUUGUAGCCCAUUCCAGCCUUAUGUAGAUCUACAAUCUUGUCCCUUGGCAUCCUUGGAGAGCUCUUUGGUCUUGGCCAUGGUGGAGAGUUCGGAAUCUGAUUGAUUGAUUGCUUCUGUUGACAGGUGUCUUUUAUACAGGUAACAAGCUGAGAUUAGGAGCACUCCCUUUAAGAGUGUGCUCCUAAUCUCAGCUCGUUACCUGUAUAAAAGACACCUGGGAGCCAGAAAUCUUUCUGAUUGAGAGGGGAUCAAAUACUUAUUUCCCUCAUUAAAAUGCAAAUCAAUUUAUAACAUUUUUGACAUGCGUUUUUCUGGAUUUUUUUGUUGUUAUUCUGUCUCUCACUGUUCAAAUAAACCUACCAUUAAAAUUAUAGACUGAUUAUUUCUUUGUCAGUGGGCAAACUUUCAAAAUCAUCAGGGGAUCAAAUACUUUUUUCCCUCACUGUGUAUAUAUAUAUAUAUAUAUAUAUAUAUAUAUAUAUAUAUAUAUAUAAAAUUACAAAUACACAGUCAUGGGAAGCAGACAUAAAACAUCACAAAUCACCCAGAAAAACAGAUAUAUUCCUCCUCGAAUACGUCCCCAAUCAAUACUUUAAAUUGCCCGAAUGGCACCAGAACAUCAAGAUUAAAUGUAUUUAGAUUUUUUUUCAGCAAUACAUCGUAUUAAAGCUAAAAGCAUAUUUACCUUGCUCGGUGGAGACCGUAGGAACCUCAACUCAGGUGUCUAUACUUCAACAACAAAGUUAGAUAAGACGGAAGUUUAAGGAAGUAGGGCCAAAAAGGGAGUAAUGUAGAGAUCUACCUGUCUUUAGCGAAGUCCAGCCAACCUUUUGAUACAGGAUGCAGCGAUGAGUAUCAAAACUGUCACCUUUAACAAAACUAAGGGUAGAUGGCAUCCAAAGGUUUAAGAGUAGUAGCAGCUGCACUUUGAUAAAUAAUACAUUUUGUCUUGCACAUUCACCCUCUGAAUGGCACACAUACACAAUCCAUGACUCAAUUGUCUCAACGCUUAAAAAUCCUUCUUUAACCUGUCUCCUCCCCUUUAUCUACGCUGAUUGAAGUGGAUUUAACAGGUGUCAUCAAUAAGGCAUCAUAGCUUUCACCUGGAUUCACCUGGUCAGUCUAUGUCAUGGAAGAGCAGAUGUUCUUAAUGUUUAAUACACUCAGUUUGGUUGUACACACAUAAGUACCCACACUCCUCAUGGGUCUCCAUUCUAGUAGCACUUCAAUCACAAUGUGCUACUUUAAAGCAUAUUGAGCACGUCGGCUUGAUAGCAUCAUAGGCCUAUUUACUGUAGUGGAGCUGAGGAGGCCAAAAUAGAGCCUAUCUGACGGGCCCCACAGCUGCCUCUGUUGCCAAGACAAACUAUAUUUGCUGCACCACUGCUCUCUGCUAAUGGUAUGAGAUGAUGUGCUGGGUCGGAGCCAUGCCAAGAAUCAGAUAAGCCACCUCUGUCGGUAUAGGUUAUGAAAGGAAAACACAAAGCUAGAGAUAGAGGGGGAAACGGCGAGAGUUUUUUGUGUGUGUGUGUGUGUGAGAGAGAGAGAAAGAGACUGUCCCUGCAGGUAUGCUGAAAGUUCUGAGAUGACCUAUAAACCUCUGCUAGAGCGAGUUCAUGUUACAGAUGUGCUAUUUGUGUAAGUGUCCAUUACAUUUGCCAAUACACAAAGUCAAUUAUGUUCUCUCCGUACAUAAAAUAGGUAUAGGUAAAUAGUAUAGCAGUUACGAUGUGAUUGAAAGCCACAUUUUUCUUUUAGGCACAAACAGUAUAUUGUUCCCAUUACGGGUACUUGAGAGCCCAUUAACUUUGAUCCUUGGAGCCACUUAAAACCUCCCACAUUCAUCUCCAUGAAACAGCACCCUCUUCCUUAGGAGAGGGGGGCGGAGAGGGAGAAAGAGAGACUCUUGUACACACCUUUCCUCUUUAUCUGCAGUAUUUCUCUCGCUCUCUCUCUCACACACACACACACACCAUGAACCAAGUGACCCGUGUGUUUGCACAUGUGUGUGCAUAAUGGUGAUGGGAAUGGCAGGUGUGUGGGAACACUGGUUGGAAUGUGAGUUGGAAUCCUGUGGCUCUGCCAGGAAUAGCCUUGGGAAAGGCAAAGUCAGAGUGUAUGGAUUACACUCACACACCCUGGGAGAGAUGGUGAAGUUGAAGCACAUUCUGCUUCUUAGACCAUGGAGAGAGAUGAGGAAAAGUGGAUUUGUGUGUGCGUGUUCGCGUGUUCGCGCUUGGAAUGCAGUGGGAUGAGAGGAGCUGAGCUGAGCAGGCAUCAAAGCAUUAGGAGGAAACCUCAUCAACUACCAACUGAUCCACCUGAUACCACAACCAAGACAUGCACUGUGUGUGUGUGUGUGUGUGUGUGUGUGUUUGUUAGAUUUCUCAACUACUCGUGUGUGUGUGUGCAGGAAUGUAGUGGUCAAAAAUAGGUGGCUAAAUGUUGAUUGCCGUCCGCGGUGAGUAAAGUAACGCUCUAUAUACUUUCAAUGCCCUCCACUACAACAUUGUUUGUAUAUAGUAUGUAUGGGCUGGAAGUAGAGGCCUAAGCCUCGGCUGAAUUCGUGACAGUACCCCCCCUUGCCGCGCGCCGACCCUGGCCUCUGGGACGGUCAGGAGGACGCGGAGCAGGGCGAGUCGGAUGACUACGGUGGAAAUCCCUCAACAUGGAGAGAUCGAGGAUGUCCCUUCUAGGGACCCAGCACUGUUCCUCCGGACUGUACCCCUCCCACUCCACGAGAUACUGCAGGCCCCCCACCCGACGCCUCGAAUCCAAGAUGGAACGGACCAAGUACGCCGGUGCCCCCUCGAUGUCCAGUGGGGGGCGGAGGAACCUCCCGUACCUCAGACUCCUGGAGCGGACCAGCUACUACCGGCCUGAGGAGAGACACGAGGGGUUAAUACGGUAAUUAAGAGGAAGCUGUAACCUAUAACAGACCUUGUUCAAUCUCCUCAGGACUUUAAAUGGCCCCACAAACCGCCGACCCAGCUUCCGGCAGGGCAGGCGAAGGGGCAGGUUUAGGGUCGAGAGCCAGACCCGGUGGCGGUCGGCGCUCGCCUUUUGUCGCCUGAUGGCCCGCUGCAGGCGUACAUGGGCAGCGUUCCAGGUCUCUUCCGAGCGCCGAAACCACUCAUCCACCGCAGGAGCCUCGAUCUGGCUCUGAUGCCAAGGUGCCAGGACCGGCUGAUAACCUAACACACACUGAAAUGGAGAAAGGUUAGUAGAGGAGUGGCGGAGUGAGUUUUGGGCCAUCUCUGCCCAGGGGAUAAAACCCGACCACUCCCCCGGCCGGUCCUGGCAAUAGGACCGCAGAAACCUACCCACAUCCUGGUUAACUCUCUCCACCUGCCCAUUACUCUCGGGGUGAAAACCUGAGGUCAGGCUGAUCGAGAUCCCCAGACGUUCCAUGAAAGCCCUCCAGACCCUUGAGGUGAACUGGGGACCCCGAUUCGAUACAAUAUCCUCAGGCACCCCGUAAUGCCGGAAGACGUGUGUAAAUAGGGCCUCAGCAGUUUGUAGGGCCGUAGGGAGACCUGGCAUAGGAAUGAGACGGCAGGACUUAGAAAACGAUCCACAAUGACCAGGAUCGUGGUGUUCCCCUGUGAGGGGGGGAAGGUCCGUAACAAAAUCCACCGAUAGGUGGGACCACGGCCGUUGUGGAACGGGUAGGGGUUGUAAUUUCCCUCUGGGCAGGUGUCUAGGUGCCUUACACUGGGCGCACACCGAGCAGGAGGAAACAUAAACCCUCAUGUCCUUGGCUAAAGUGGGCCACCAGUACUUCCCACUAAGACAGUGCACUGUCCGACCGAUGCCAGGAUGACCAGAGGAGGGUGACGUGUGAGCCCAAUAAAUCAAUCUAUCACGAACCUCGAGCAGCACGUACAUACGACCCUUUGGACACUGGGGGGGAGUGGCCCGGUACGUAACGCUCGCUCGAUGUCCGCGUCAACCUCCCACACCACCGGCGCCACCAGACACGACGCCGGAAGUAUGGGAGUGGGCUCAAUGGACCUCUCCUCUGUGUCAUACAGUCGGGACAGGGCGUCUGCCUUAGCGUUCUGGGAACCUGGUCUGUAAGUAAGAGUAAACACAAAACGCGUGAAGAACAUGGCGCACCUUGCCUGGCGAGGGUUCAAUCCAGAUGUACUCCAGAUUGCGGUGGUCAGUCAAAAUGAGAAAAGGGUUUUUAGCCCCCUCAAGCCAAUGCCUCCACACUUUCAGAGCUUUAACCACAGCUAACAGCUCCCGGUCCCCCACAUCAUAGUUGCGCUCCGCCGGGCUGAGUUUCUUCGAAAAGAAAGCACAGGGGCGGAGCUUUGGUGGCGUACCCGAGCGCUGAGACAGUACAGCUCCUAUCCCAGCCUCGGACGCAUCCAACUCAACCUGGAAUGGUAAGGAGGGAUCCGGAUGAGCCAGCACGGGAGCCGAGGUAAACAGGUCCUUCAGGUGACCAAAAGCCCUGACCGCCUCAGCUGACCACUGCAGUCGCACCGGUCCCCCCUUCAGCAAGGAGGUAAUGGGAGCCACUACCUGACCAAAGCCCCGGAUAAACCUCCGGUAGUAGUUGGCAAAACCCAAGAAUCGCUGCACCUCCUUCAGUCGGCUAAUUACGCACGGACGAAAUGCGGUCAAUCUCCACCUCCACACCUGACGCGGACAAGCGGUGCCCUAGGAAGGAGAUAGACUCUUGGAAGAACAGAAAUGUAUCCGUCUUCACAUACAGGUCAUGCUCCAACAGUCGACCAAGCACCUGAAGCACCAGGGACACAUGCGCGGCCCGUGUAGCGGAGUAUAUGAGGAUGUCAUCAAUAUACACCACAACACCCUGUCCAUGCAGGUCCCUGAAAAUCUCAUCAACAAAGGAUUGGAAGACUGAUGGAGCAUUCAUCAACCCGUAUGGCAUGACAAGGUACUUAUAGUGCCCAGAGGUGGUACUGAAUGCUGUCUUCCACUCAUCUCCCUCCCGGAUACGCACCAGGUUGUACGCGCUCCUGAGAUCCAAUUUAGUGAAGAAGCACGCCCCGUGCAAUGACUCCGUCAUACUAGCAAUCAGAGGUAGUGGAUAGCUGUACUUCACAGUGAUCUGAUUAAGACCACGGUAGUCAAUGCACGGGCAUAAGCCACCAUCCUUCUUCUUCACAAAAAAGAAACUCGAGGAGACAGGGGAAGUGGAAGGCCGAAUGUAUCCCUGCCUCAGAGAUUUGGUGACAUGUUUCCAUAGCCACCGUCUCCUCCUGUGACAGAGGAUACACGUGACUCCGAGGAAGUGCAGCGCCUACCUGGAGGUUUAUCGCACAAUCCCCCUGUCGAUGGGGUGGUAACUAAGUCGCCUUCUUUUUACAGAAGGCGAGAGCCAAAUCGGCAUAUUCAGGCGGAAUGUGCAUGGUGGAAUCCUGGUUUGGACUUUCCACCGUAGUUGCCCCUACGGAAACACCUACACACCUCCCCGAGCACUGACUUGACCAUCCCUUGAGAGCCCUCUGUUGCCAUGAAAUAGUGGGGUCAUGAGAGGUUAACCAGGGAAGCCCCAACACCAAUGGAAAUGCAGGAGAAUCAAUCAGAUAGAGACUAAUGUUUUCCUCAUGACCCUCCUGCGUCUUCAUCCAGAGUGGAGCUGUGACCUCCCUAAUCAGACCUGACCCUAAUGGGCGACUAUCUAGGGCAUGUAUAGGGAAGCGCACAUCAACUGGCACAAUAGGAAUCCCUAAACUACGGGAAAACUGACGAUCAAUAAAGUUCCCAUCUGCGCCUGAAUCUACUAGCGCCUUAUGCUGGGAAUGAGGAGAAAACUCUGGAAAUACGACAUCUAUACACAUAUGCGCAACAGGGAGCUCUGGGUGAGUCGGGUGCCUACUCACCUGAAACGGUCCACCAGUGCGACUCCGUAAAGACCCUCCCCAGCACCGACCAGCAGUGUGUUGUCUGCGGCCACAGUUGGUGCAGGGUACGGCCCCUCUACUGGUAUCCCUAAGAGCAGCACCUCCGAGCUCCAUAGGGGUAGGGUCGGAGGUGCUGGGGGGUGGAAUGGACGUCCCCUGAUCCGGACGUCCGCGGGUGGCCAACAGGUUAUCCAGCCUGAUUGACAUAUCCACCAGUUGGUCCAGGUUAAGGUUGGUGUCCCUGCAGGCCAGUUCCCGACGAACGUCCUCCCUUAGGCUGCAUCGGUAGUGGUCGAUAAGGGCCCUCUCAUUCCAUCCUGCGCUGGCAGCCAGAGUCCUAAAGGCCAGUGCAAAAUCCUGUGCGCUCCUCUUCUCCUGUCUGAGGUGGAAUAGACGUUCACCCGCCUGUCUGAGGUGGAAUAGACGCUCACCCGCCGGGUAAACUCCUCAUAACUUACAGAUGCUGCGUCUAUUCCUCUCCACUCGGCGUUGGCCCACUCGAGCGCUUUACCGGACAGACAGGAGAUGAGGGCGGACACGCUCUCGUAUCCCGAGGGAGCCGGGUGGAUGGUUUCCAGGUAGAGCUCUACCUGGAGCAGAAAACCCUGACACCCGGCAGCUGUACCGUCGUAUGCCCUCGGGAGCGAGAGCCGAAUCCCACUGGACCCAGGUGGUGAAAAGGUGGACAGCGGUGUAGGGUGGUGUAAUUGGAAGAGGUAUAGGAAAACCUCCUCUAUCCCAUCGCUCCAUAGUAUUCACCACUCGUUCCAUUGCGGUGCCGAGAUCCUGGAUCAUGGUCGCUUGUUGUUGGACGCGUUCCUCCAUCGAUCCGGCUGGCACGGCUGUACCCGCUGACUCCAUAUUUGGUGCGUGUUUCUGUCAAGGCGUCAGUGUAAUGCGGUAGGACGAAGUCAGGCGCAGGACACAGAGCUAAUCGGAAAACGUACUUUACUCGUAGGUAUCUUAAUGAACACACCUCCACGCAGGGAGGAACAAACCCGCUCACAUACACGACUACCCCCCCCCCAAAAAAAAGGCAAAAUGUUUUGUGUGUGAUUGCUCAUGUGCGUGUGUUGUUCGUGUGAGCACAAAUGUUUUUUAUACCUUAUGGCGGCGUGUUUCUUUGUUUAUCUUGUGCUUGUGGGUGUCCUGCCUGCAUACGUGUGUAUUCACACUGUGCUCUCUGUCGCCCAGAUCAGUUGAAUUACUGAAAGAUGUUACAUUGAAAACUUUCAAAAGGGAAUUCAGUGUUAGUUGCUAGCUCAAAGACUGUGCUAGACUGCUAAUGCAAAUAAUCUCAUGGUAGAAGUUGCCCCUAAACACAGAUCUUGGAUCAGAUUACCCUACACCCAAUCCUAACCUUAACCACUAAUAGAGGCUAAAAAAGUUAUGUCCAUGUAUCAGUAGUUCGGGGUAAGUUCUACAAACUCUUGCCAAGACACUAACACACAGCUCUUUACUUCUACAGUAACUCUUCACUGAACUGUGACUGAACUGUGUUUCAUUCUCCACGUCAGUGAUUCAACUCACUGUAAUUGACACUACCACCACUGCACAGAUGUGACCACUAUUCAUCCUAUCAUUCUGGAGAGACAAGGGAUGGUUCUGGGGUAGAGGAGGAAGGAGCGAGAAGGGGAUAAUUGACUAAAUACCAUAAAUUGUGUAGCUACCUUCUCAGUUUUCAAUUUGUUCCACUGUAAACUCAUAUGAUUGAUCUGUUGCCUAAGACUUGAGAUCUUAGUAAUGUACAUCUCAAAUGGCACCCUAUUCCCAAUGUAGUGCACUACUUUUGACCAGGACCCAUAUGGCUUUGUUCAAAAGUAGUGCAUUAUAUAGGGAAUAGGGUGCCAUUUGAGACACAUCCUAUGUGUACGACGACGCUGGGCUUCAUUCUAUCACAUGAAAACUGGUGGCAAUGAGGCGUGUUUGUGAAUAAAUUAAUGUAGGAAUAAAUAUGAGUGGGGUCUGUUCUCCUUCUGAUGCUGCCUGCCUCUCUCUCUCUCCCUCUCUCUGCCUGCUUUUGAUCACUGUGUGACUCGCUGCUUCAUGACAACCCAGCAUCAUCCCUCUGUCUCCAAUAUGUCUCUCUCACUAUCUCUCUCACACUCUCUCUCUUUCCAUGUCUCUGUUGUGUUUUCUGUUUCUCUAUUUUUUCUCUCUUUCUCUCGCUCUCUCUCUCUCUUAAUAAUACAGGACCCAUACAGGGAAAUAUGGGUCAGUCGGGCUUUUCUCUCCCCGUUACUCCAUAGUGUCUCUGUCACACAGACACACACACAUUAUUCAUUCAUACAUCACUCAGUAAGUUCAGACUUCUUAGCUGGCUGCCGCAUGGGCUGCUUUACUCAGUGACGUCAUGCAUUUUUCAUGUAGUCCAUGUUGGAUGGUCAAUGUUUCAUACUUCAUAUCAACAUGCACGCACAUGUGUGUUUGUGUGUAUAUAUUAGUGGCCUGAAGGCCUACAAGAAAGAUAACAUAACUCUUCCUCUUCUUCCUCCCCCUCUCCCUGUGGUAAUUUCAUUAUCUGUUGAUGACAAAGAGCCAGUCAUUCUGCGACUUCUUUAACCUGUCUCCUCCCCUUCAUCUACACUGAUUGAAGUGGAUUUAACAAGUGACAUGAAUAAGGGAUCCUAGAUUUCACCUGGAUUCACCUGGUCAGUCUAUGUCAUGGAAAGAGCAGGUGUUCUUAAUGUUUUGUAUACUCAGUAUAUUGGCUGUGUCCAUGGGGCCGUGUUCGCUGUCAUGCAUUUGUGUGUGUGUAUGCCCAUACUUUGUUACGGCUGUGUUAAUGGCUGGUAUUUUCCUCUGUAGUGCUGCCCACCUGCUCUCCACUGGACUUCCACUGUGACAACGGGAAGUGUAUCCGCCGCUCCUGGGUGUGUGACGGGGACAACGAUUGUGAGGAUGACUCCGAUGAACAGGACUGUCGUAAGUCACAUACACACAGAAACACAUAUUCACAAUUUUUGUGAAUAACAACGUAAUAUCUAAUCUAACACACACAUUCAUGCACAUCAACAAACCAAUAAUACAAAAUACGCCUAAACUUUUAAAAACGUUAUCUGUCACCUUGACACUUGAUAGGGGGUAAAACAAUUUUUCCCUAAAAGGAAGGCAAUGUCAUUAUUUGUUAGCUAGCUAGGCUACCAGUUAGCCUUUACCCCCCUAUUAAGUCUAGCUAGCUAGCUCGCCCUACUGGCUGCUGGCCAAAUUAGCUAACAUUCUUGAUUCUAGUUACUAAGAUAAAUAAAACAUCUCAAAUUAGCUACUCACUUUAGCUUUAACUUCUUUGAGGUAUUUUCUGAACAGCGUCUCACUUCUUUGUUUCUUCAGUUGUCAGUUCGACCACACACUGUUUACACACUCAUUUGUGGCACCCAAAUUCUAAAAUGACAGUUGGAACUCUACAGCAGAAAAUAUGUGAUUCUUGUUGCUAGGCUACCAGUUAGUGCUUUUAGCUUGUGGUUUGCACUCGCCUUUAUCCAGAGGGAAUACCAAAAGUAUAGCUAGUGUCUGAAAGAAUGUCAUCAAAACUCAAAUAAGCAUCAGAAAUUGUCCUUAUUUAGCAUAUGAUAAAGCAUAUCAAGAUCCUGAUAUACUUUACUGACUGUAUUGUCCCCAUUUGGAAAUGUUGUUGCAGUAUCCUGUACACGUUUAAAGUGGCGUUUAAAUACAGUAGACAACAAAUUGACAAUAAAAAUAUCAUAAUAGUUAUAUACAGUAUAUACCAAUUCAAGAGACUAGCCAGCUGGCCUUACUGGGUGGGUAGGAACAUUAUCCCCAGUUAUUUAGGAGGGAUUUUACACCUGGCACAAACGAUUGUCUAGUUCUGUUUUUCCUGCCCGGGGAUGCCCUAAACCUGCAACCAGAGGGGAGUAGUUCAAAGUCCGGGUACAGGGGGUGGCUUGGGUCUAAAAAGAUUUUGUGAGCCUUGCUGAGGGCCCUAACCUUGAAUAUUUAAUCCAAGCCUGUCUGUUUGACUCCAAGUACCUUGCUUGCUGUGAUGAUAAUCCUUCUCAGCAUAUGUUUUCGGUCUGACUGUGGAAUUGCCAAACCAACAAACAAUAGAAAAAGUUAAAAUACUCUCAAUGAAAGAUUUGCAAAUCAGAGUCAGUAUAGUACAGUCAACAUUAAAAGAUCCCACCUUUUUGAGAAUGUACAGUCUCUUUUUGUAGAUCAGGUCUAUACAUGUACUCCACUGAAGCUUAUUGUCCAAGAGGACAGCCAGAUAUUUGUCUUCCUCUACAAUCUCCAUGUUCUGACAUCUGAUAGAUGUUGCUGAAGUCUAUGCACAUCUCUUUGGUCUUGUUGGUAUAGAGGACCAAGUGUGAUUCAUCACACCACUCUACAAAGUCAUUUAGAACCGGGCCAUGGUGUUCCUAGUCAUCAUGCAGCAACAGGCUGAUCAAGGCAAUGUCAUCAGCGAACUUAACCAGGUGUACAGUACCAGUCAAAAGUUUGGACACACCUACUCAUUCCAGGGUUUUUCUUUAUGUUUACUGUUUUCUACGUUGUAGAAUAUAGUGAAGACAUCAAACUAUGAAAUAACACACAUGGAAUCAUGUAGUAACCAAAGAAGUGUUAAACAAAUCAAAAUAUAUUUUAUAUAUACAUUCGUCAAAGUAGCCACCCUUUGCCUUGAUGACAGCUUUGCAUUCUCUCAACCAGCUUCAUGAGGUAGUCACCUGGAAUGCAUUUCAAUUUACAGGUGUGCCUUGUUAAAAGUUAAUUUGUGGAAUUUAUUUCCUUCUUAAUGCAUUUGAGCCAAUCAGUUGUGUUGUGACAAGGUAGGGGGGGGGUAUACAGAAGAUAGCCCUAUUUGGUUAAAGACCAAGUCCAUAUUAUGGCAAGAACAGCUCAAAUAAGCAAAGAGAAAUGACUGUCCAUCAUUACUUUAAGACAUGAAAGUAAGUCAAUACGGAAGAUUUUAAGAACUAAGAAAUUUUCUUCAAGUGCAGUCACAAAAACCAUCAAGCUCUAUGAUGAAACUGGCUCUCAUGAGGACCACCACAGGAAUGGAAGACCCAGAGUUACCUCUGCUGCAGAGGAUAAGUUCAUUAGUUACCAGCCUCAGAAAUUGCUGCCCAAAUAAAUGCUUCACAGAGUUCAAGUCACAGACACAUCUCAACAUCAAUUGUUCAGAGGGGACUGUGUGAAUCAGGCCUUCAUGGUGGAAUUGCUGGAAAGAAACCACUACUAAAGGACACCAAUAAGAAGAAGAGACCUGCUUGGGCCAAGAAACACGAGCAAUGGACAUUAAACAGGUGGAAAUUUGUCCUUUGGUCUGGAGUCCAAAUCAGAGAUUUUUGGUUCAAACCGCUGUGUCUUUGUGAGACGCAGUGUGGGUGAACGGAUGAUCUCCUCAUGUGUAGUUCCCACCGUAAAAGCAUGGAGGGGGAGGUGUUAUGGGGUGGGGAUACUUUGCUGGUGACACUGUCUGUGAUUUAUUUAGAAUUCAAGGCACAGUAUUCUGCAGCGAUACGCCAUCCCAUCUGGUUUGGGCUUAGUGGGAAUCUCAUUUGUUUUUCAACAGGACAAUGACCCAACACACCUCCAGGCUGUGUAAGAGCUAUUUUACCAAGAAGGAGAGUGAUGGAGUGCUGCAUCAGAUGGCCUUGUCCUCCACAAUCCCCCAACCUCAACGCAAUUGAGAUGGUUUGGGACGAGUCGGAUGGCAGAGUGAAGGAAAAGCAGCCAACAAGUGCUAAGCAUAUGUGGGAACUCCUUCAAGACUGUUGGAAUAGCAUUCCAGGUGACGCUGGUUGAGAGAAUGCCACGAGUGUGCAAAGCUGUCAUCAAGGCAAAGGGUGGCUAUUUGAGGAAUCUCAAAUAUAAAAUUAUAUUUUGAUUUGUUUAACACUUUUUUGUUAACUACAUGAUUCCAUGUGUGUUAUUUCAUUGUUUUAAUGUCUUCACUAUUAUUCUACAAUGUAGAAAAUAGUAAAAAUUAAGAAAAACCCUUGAAUGAGUAGAUGUGUCCAAACUUUUGACUGGUACUGUACUUGGAUGUGUAGUGUCAGCGUUUGUUGCCAGUUAAUGGGGCUUUACUAUUCUUAGGUAGGGGAAUAACUUUAGCUUCCUCCAGGCCUGAGGGCACAUGCUUUCGAGUAGGUUUGAAGAUAUGGCAAAUAGGAGUGGCAAUAUCAUUUGCUAUUAUCCUCAGUUAUUUUCCAUCCAAGUUGUCAGACCCCAGUGGCUUGUUCAUCGACAAUAAUACUUUUUUCAGCUCUUCCACACUCACUUUAUGGAAUACAACAUUUCAAUGCUUGUCUUUCAUAAUUUGGUCGCGUUUCUUGCUGGCAUGUCAUGCCUAAGUUUGCUAAUCUUGCCAAUGAAAAAAUCAUUAAAGUAGUUGGCAAUAUCUGUCGGUUUUGUGAUGAAUGAGCCAUCUGAUUCAAUAAAUGAUGGAGCUGAGUUUGCCUUUUUUCCCAAAAUGUCAUUGAAGGUGCUGGAAUGCUUUUUACUAUUAUUCUUUGACAUUUAUCUUUGUUUCAUAGUGUAGUUUCUUCUUCUUUUUAUUCAGUUUAGUAACAUGAUUUGUCAAUUUGCCAGUUGGUUGUACAGCCAGAUUUCUUUGCCAUUCCUUUUUGCCUCAUCCCUCUCAACCAUACAAUUUUUCAAUUCCUCAUCAAUCCACUGGGAUUUAUGAGUUUUUACAGUCAUUUUCUUAAUAUAGUGGCUUGCAAAAGUAUUCACCCCCCCUUGGCAUUUUUCCUAUUUUGUUGCCUUACAACCUGGAAUUAAAAUGGAUUUUUGGGGGGUUUGUAUCAUUUGAUUUAUACAACAUGCCUACCACUUUGAAGAUGCAACAUAUUUUUGAUUGUGAAACAAACAAGAAAUAAGACAAAAAAACAGACAACUUGAGCUUGCAUAACUAUUCACCCCCCCAAUGUCAAUACUUUGUAGAGCCACCUUUUGCAGCAAUUUCAGCUGCAAGUCUCUUGGGGUAUGUCUCUAUAAGCUUGGCACAUCUAGCCACUGGGAUUUUUUUCCAUUCUUCAAGGCAAAACUGCUCCAGCUCCUUCAAGUUGGAUGGGUUCCGCUAGUAUACAACAAUAUUUAAGUCAUACCACAUAUUCUCAAUUGGAUUGAGGUCUGUGCUUUGACUAGGCCAUUCCAAGACAUUUAAAUGUUUCCCCUUAAACCACUCAAGUGUUGCUUUAGUAGUAUGCUUAGGGUCAUUGUCCUGCUGGAAGGUGAACCUCCUUCCCAGUCUCAAAUCGCUGGAAGACUCAAACAGGUUUCCCUCAAGAUUUUCCCUGUAUUUAGCGCAAUCCAUCAUUCUGACCAGUUUGCCAGUCCCUGCCAAUGAAAAACAUUCCCACAGCAUGAUGCUGACAUCACCAUGCUUCACUGUGGGGAUGGUGUUCACGGGGUGAUGAGAGGUGUUGGGUUUGCGCCAAAUAUAGCGUUUUCCUUGAUGGCCAAAAAGCUCAAUUUUAGUCUAAUCUGACCAGAGUACCUUCUUCCAUAUGUUUGGGGAGUCUCCCACUUGGCUUUUGGCGAACACCAAACGUUUUUACAAAAAAAAAAAAAUCAACAUGCAAUGGCUUUUUUCUGGCCACUCUUCCAUAAAGCCCAGCUCUGUGGAGUGUACGGCUUAAAGUGGUCCUAUGGACAGAUACUCCAAUCUCCGCUGUGGAGCUUUGCAGCUCCUUCAGGGUUGUCUUUGGUUUAUUUGUUGCCUCUCUGAUUAAUGCCCUCCUUGCCUGGUCCAUGAGUUUUGGUGGGCGGCCCUCUCUUGGCAGGUUUGUUGUGGUGCCAUAUUCUUUCCAUUUUUGUUUCGGAUAUUUUUUAUAAACCAACCCUGAUCUGUACUUCUCCACAACUUUGUCCCUGACCUGUUUGGAGAGCUCCUUGGUCUUCAUGGUGCCGCUUGCUUGGUGGUGCCCCUUGCUUAGUGGUGUUGCAGACUCUUGGGCCUUUCAGAACAAGUGUAUAUAUUCUGAGAUCAUGUGACACUUAGAUUGACUUUAUUUAACUAAUUAUGUGACUUCUGAAGGUAACUGGUUGCACCAGAUCUUAUUUAGGGGCUUCAUAGCAAAGGGAGUGAAUACAUAUGCACACACCACUUUUCCGUUAUUUAUUUUUUCGAAUUUUUUGAAACAAUUAAUUUUUUUAAUUUCACUUCACCAAUUUGGACUAUUUUGUGUGUCCAUUACAAAUAAAAAUCCAUUUAAAUUACAGGUUGUAAUGCAACAAAAUAGGAAAAACGCCAAGGGGGAUGAAUACUUUUGCAAGGCACUGUACAGCACUGACUGAUUAGGCGCUGCCAAACGUCACAUCAAUAGCAAAAAUGUCGGGCAAAUGUGGAUUCAAUCCUGCGUUUUGUGCAUAUGGAAAGUUUCAGGGAUAUUGUAUUUCAGCUCAUGGGACCAACACUUUACAUGUGGUGUUUUAUAUUUUUAUUAAGUAUAGUUUACCCACCUUUUUUUACCACUACAUCACUGGACCUAACCAAUAAAGCUGCCAGUUGGAAGCAAUACGUUUUUUUGUAGCCAUUAAGUAGUAGAUUCCCAAAUGCCCAAUAAAAACAGUAAUUUAGCUGGAAUUGUGUAGUAAUGCGAAUAGGAAAUGUUUGUUCACCAGUAGGCAUGUCCCAAAACUCGGCUCAUCACUACUCAAAUUACAAAAUCAUCAGUACGGACUUACCACUCAUGUAUGUAGUAAAUAAGUAGUGAAACAACAUAUUAUUGAGUAGAACAUGUAAGGUAGUGAUGAAUGCGAAGUUUAUUUUUAUUUUUCAUGAGGCUGUGGUAAUAUACUGCCAUCUGGUGGCGACUAGAAACCAUUGCAUAAUAUGAACUGUUACACAUUUAUGGUCCUUGAAAAUAAAUAUUAGUGCUUGAAAAAGUACUUGAAAGUCAUCAUAUAGAGAAAAUAAGAUGUCCACAUAGGCCUAUCUCAGGAUAUCUAAUGAGUCAAUAUCCAGCAAUACCAUGUAUGAUGUCUGGAGGGAAUCCAAAAAUUAUGGAAUCCAAAAAUGCAUGUGCGGAAAACUCGUCCUUAUUUUCAGCAUAUCAAAAAGCAUAUCAAGAUCCGGACAUGGACCUCAGCCAAGAGAAGCAUAUCUGGAAUCAAUAUAGCUUACUAUCUUGAAUGUGCUGAGAAAACACAGAUAUGUGAUUCAUACAGUCAGUAUUUGUCAACAUGAAGAGAGAAAAUAGGAUAUCACAUACAGUGGGGAGAACAAGUAUUUGAUACACUGCCGAUUUUGCAGAUUUUCCUACUUACAAAGCAUGUAGAGGUCUGUAAUUAUUAUCCCAGGUACACUUCAACUGUGAGAGACGGAAUAUAAAACAAAAAUCCAGAAAAUCACAUUGUAUGAUUUUUAAGUAAUAAUUUGCAUUUUAUUGCAUGACAUAAGUAUUUGAUCACCUACCAACCAGUAAGAAUUCUGUCUCUCACAGACCUGUUAGUUUUUCUUUAAGAAGCCCUCCUGUUCUCCACUCAUUACCUGUAUUAACUGCACCUGUUUGAACUCGUUACCUGUAUAAAAGACACCUGUCCACACACUCAAUCAAACAGACUCCAACCUCUCCACAAUGGCCAAGGCCAGAGAGCUGUGUAAGGACAUCAGGGAUACAAUUGUAGACCUGCACAAGGCUGGGAUGGACUACAGGACAAUAGGCAAGCAGCUUGGUGAGAAGGCAAAAACUGUUGGCGCAAUUAUUAGAAAAUGGAAGAAGUUCAAGAUGACGGUCAAUCACCCUCGGUCUGGGGCUCCAUGCAAGAUCUCACCUCGUGGUGCAUCAAUGAUCAUGAGGAAGGUGAGGGAUCAGCCCAGAACUACAAGGCAGGACCUGGUCAAUGACCUGAAGAGAGCUGGGACCACAGUCUCAAAAAAAAACAUUAGUAACACACUACGCCGUCAUGGAUUAAAAUCCUGCAGCGCACGCAAGUUCCCCUGCUCAAGUCAGCGCAUGUCCAGGCCCGUCUGAAGUUUGCCAAUGACCAUCUGGAUGAUCCAGAGGAGGAAUGGGAGAAGGUAAUGUGGUCUGAUGAGACAAAAAUAGAGCUUUUUGGUCUAAACUCCACUCGCCGUGUUUGGAGGAAGAAGAAGGAUGAGUACAACCCCAAGAACACCAUCUCAACCGUGAAGCAUGGAGGUGGAAACAUCAUUCUUUGGGGAUGCUUUUCUGCAAAGGGGACAGGACGACUGCACCGGAUUGAGGGGAGGAUGGAUGGGGCCAUGUAUCGCAAGAUCUAGGCCAACAACCUCCUUCCCUCAGUAAGAGCAUUGAAGAUGGGUCGUGGCUGGGUCUUCCAGCAUGACAACGACCCAAAACACACAGCCAGGGCAACUAAGGAGUGGCUCCGUAAGAAGCAUCUCAAGAUCCUGGAGUGGCCUAGCCAGUCUCCAGACCUGAACCCAAUAGAAAAUCUUUGGAGGGAGCUGAAAGUCCGUAUUGCCCAGCGACAGCCCCGAAACCUGAAGGAUCUGGAGAAGGUCUGUAUGGAGGAGUGGGCCAAAAUCCCUGCUGCAGUGUGUGCAAACCUGGUCAAGACCUACAGGAAACAUAUGAUCUCUGUAAUUGCAAACAAAGGUUUCUGUACCAAAUAUUAAGUUCUGCUUUUCUGAUGUAUCAAAUACUUAUGUCAUGCAAUAAAAUGCAAAUUAAUUACUUAAAAAUCAUACAAUGUGAUUUUCUGGAUUUUUGUUUUAGAUUCCGUCUCUCACAUUUGAAGUGUACCUAUGAUAAAAAUUACAGACCUCUACAUGCUUUGUAAGUAGGAAAACCUGCAAAAUCGGCAGUGUAUCAAAUACUUGUUCUCCCCACUGUAUCUCAGGAUAUUGAAUGAGUCCAUGUCCGGCCCUAGAAAAUGUCCAUCGGUGAUAUUUGGAGUAAUCCCAAUAUCGUAUAUGUCGAAAAGACACAUCUUGAUUCAGAAUUUGUAAGGAUAUGGUGCAAAAAAAUACAAUAAAAAAUUAAUAAAAAAUUCCAUUGGAAAUGGUCUGUAUGCUCUAGAAUAUCAAAAAUAUGUAAUGUAAAGAUAUCCCCUGAUAUGGACCCUUUUCGUCCAGUGGGAUGUGUGUGUGUGUGUGUGUGUGUACACAGGUAAGGAGCAGUCAUCAUGAGUGAGUUGUAAAGGAGACCCCUACUCCCCCUUCUGUCCACUGGCAACACGUGACCACACCCUAAUGGGAGGUCACUGCUCCCAUGGCAAUCACACCUGACUCUGAGGAUGACCUUUUACCUUACCGUGCAAACACUUCCUCCUGUUGCCUGGGGGAACACUUAUUGUGUGUGUAUGCAUGUGUGUGCAUGUGUGCACGUGCCUGGGAAAGAAACUGAAAUAGGCUUCAGCUGGCUGGCAGCAGUAGAUGGGCAUAGAGAGAGUGGGAGGGUGUGAGUGAGGAGUGUGUAUUUAUACACUCAUGUUUAUAUCGCCAUGUACUUAUACACGUCAGGAGUUGGUGCAUAUUUAUACUUACAUGUACUUCUAUAUUUCAUCCCAAAUGGCACCCUAUUCCCUAUACAGUGCACUACUUUUGAGCAGAGCCCAAUGGAAUAGGGUGCCAUUUGGGAAGCAGACAUACACAGGCCACUGAUGUUUCCCUAUCCACUCCAGCUGUCAGUGUCAGAGUUGUUUCUGGGUUGAGAUGUAGUUAGUGGUCAGACUAAAUGAAGACUGUCCAACGGGCAACUGCUUUAUCCAGAGUGACUCACUGGGUUGAAAGUGUCCCAUAUAAUCCAUGUAGAUGGCUGAGUAUUUCCAUUGGCUUGAUCAUACUGCUAUAUACCCUGUUACCAGUGUAGUGAGUGGAUAUGUAUGCCGGGAAAUUAUUUUCAACUAUACUAUGGCUCAUGAGGGAGCCUUCAAAAUAAUGUUCUUGAUUCAUUUAAAUAUUUUCAAAUGCUUAAAGUGACUUCCAGACAAAGACUAAUACGUUUGCGCGUGCACACACACACACACACACACACACACAUUCACAACUGUCUGUUAUAAAAAGGUGUCAUAAUAAACAGAGGUAUCCAUGGUACCCUGUGGUUGAGCGAGAUUUCAGUCCACACACCUCCACACCCAUUAAGUCCUUCUCAGAGAUCACCACUCAAAUCGGAAUGAGAAACCUGGUACGAUUCAUUUCCAACUCCAUGGAUUGAAUUUCCUGAAUGUUAAGGAGAUGGAAUUGACCCAAGCUAACUCUGCCAGCUUGUACCUCCAUUCAUCCUUUUUUUUGGAGGUGAGGUCUCUCUCUCUUUCUCAGAUUCUCUCGUUCCCUCCUCAUUUUUUCCAGAUAAUCUCUGUAUGGAGGUGGGGGUUCCAUCCUCAUUUUUUCAAGGGGGAAGGGGGGACUGUGAGGAGGUGGGCGGGGACUUCAAUUGGGGUUGGUUUUUUCUUGUGGGGGGGGCAGGGGUGGGCUGGGGGAGGGAGGUUGGUGAGGGGGGAGGGAGUGUAGUGAGGGGAUUGGUUAGUGCUUUGCGUUUUUUGAUUUAGCUGUAUGGAGGGAGGGCUGAGUCUUUAUUUCUUUUUGUUAUUUCUUUCUUUCUUUCUUCUUAGUCUUAUUUCUUUCUUCUUUCUUUCUUCUUUUUUCUUUUUUCUUUAUUCUUUCUUUAUGUCUUUCUUCUUUCUUUCUUUCUUUCUUUCUUUCUCUUCUUUCUUUUUUCUUUCUUUCUUUCUUCUUUCUUUCUUUCUUUCUUUUUCUUUCUUUCUCUCUUUCCUCGUUCCCAGCUUCCCUCUCUCCUGUCUGACCCAUAUUACAGGAGCCAGACGUAGAAUCCCAUCCUGAUGGGGGGUCCGUCUUCUGUGAGCCAGCCAUAAAUGUUUCAUCUUCAUGCUCCGUAAAUUUCCCCCUCCCUCGCUCCUCGGCCUACUUAUUAUUUCAGGCCUUUUUUCUCUCUGUCUUUCUGUCCUCCUCCCUAGUUUUUUUCCCCCCACUAUUGUUUUAUUCCAUUAUUUAAAGAGAGAAGGGGAAGAGAAAGGAGAGAGACGGGGGAGAAUCUGUCAUGCUCCACUUGAGCUUAGCAAGUUGUCAAAGUUUCAGACAACAAAACUGGAAAAAGAGACGUUUGUGUGAAAGUGAGUGACAGAGUGAGCGUGUCUGUGUGGAUGUGUGUGGUCCUACGUUCAUAUCAUUUUUUUUUGUUUGUUUAUCAAACAUUCAGCAGAACACACAUUACUACAUAUCCACAGUGGUAUCACACACACACCAGAUAUGGGUUCAAAUACUAUUCAGAGCUUCAGCUCUUUUCUAUAACCUGUAGGGUAGGAACUGAUGGGAGAGUUCAGAGCUUCUGCUCUUUUCUAUGUCAACUCAUGGGAUGAGAGGAGGAUGCAAGGCAGGCAGGGGGCAAGGAGGGAAGGCAAACCCUGAAAGUGCAUAGGUAAUACUCCAGGAAACAUUAAAAGUGUUUAAAAAUGAAUGUAUUUUGUUUUAUACAUUUUUUCACACACACACACCUCAAUGCAUAAUGACCCUGGUAAUGAAUCACAGUGACCUUUCAUCUCUAACCCCUGCCUGCUUUCUGACUGAUGAUCUGCCUAAGGACACGUGACUUCUGGAACUUUCCUCUGUUUGGGUUAGGAAUGAGAGGGAAGGAAAGAGAGCGCCAGAUGAGAGAUUCAAUUAAAUUCUACUUAGUGUGCCAAGUUAGUUUUUGGAAUGAGAUUCAGCCAUAGUGUUAUCGUUUAGAGACUCUCAUCCAGGGGCUAGCUUUGUCUUCUGCUUCUAUUCCGUGUCCUUCUCCUACUCUGUUGCAUCUGAAUAGGAGAGGGGCAAGAGUACUCUUAAAUAAAAAUACUAAUAAAUCUAGUCUCUUCUGUUCUGAUGGACUCGGUUGGGUCUUAAAGCUGUGAAGACUGUGUGUGAGAAAACAAGAGAAAGAGAUGAGAGGUAGUAGAUUUGGGUCACGUUCCGUCGCAAUAGUCACUGAGGUAGGAAGUACAGUCUCAAUGAAAAAGACACAUUUUAUCCUCAAACAUAUCUGUGCCCGUCCCUUUUUUCUGUCUCUCUGCUCCUUAACUUGUAUUACACUCUGAACUGCCGUCACGUUUCUAAGUGGGUUUCUUUGACUGAGCCGCUGUAUCCAUUUUAUUGGCAGUCCAGGCAUAAGUGAGGUAGAUUUCAUAAUUAGUUAACCUUCUAAGGCAGCAACCCCCCUCACACACAACACACACACACACAACACACUUUAAAUAAUAUAUCACCUCCGGUCUGGGGCCAUUCAGCGCAGGAGAGAACGGGAGAGAGACAUUGUUGUAGGCCUAAGAGAGCUAGUAAGUGGAACUAAUGAUAACAUCAGAUAAAUUAUUGUAAGGAAGUAGGUUUUGAGGGGGUUGUUGUGCUGGAUAUGACAGUGUAUUUUAGAUCAGAGGUUAACCAUCAGUGUGGAUGGGAGGUUGUCCACUGGAGGUUAAUAGACAGCUACUUUUCUCUGUAUGAAAGUAAGAGAAAGGUCACUAAGCUGUGCGGUGUGUGCAUGCGCCCAUAUCAGAUACUUACAUCAUACAAGCGGUGUAUAGAAUAUUGUUUGUGUGAUUUGUCCUUUGAUUGACACCCCUGUAGCUCCUAGAGAGUGUGAAGAGGAUGAGUUCCAUUGUCAGAACGGCUACUGCAUCCGCAGCCUGUGGCACUGUGAUGGGGACAAUGACUGUGGGGAUAACAGUGACGAGCAGUGUGGUGAGUUACACACACACACACACACACACACACAAACACACACAUGCACACCACACAUUCACUCCUACAGUAUACACAUAUAUUCAGAAAGUCAUAGUCUUUGUCACAACUCAAUCCUCUCUCUUACUUUCUCUCUCUUUCUCCCCUCUUUCUCUCUCUCUCAGACAUGCGUAAGUGUUCCGAUAAGGAGUUUCGCUGUACAGAUGGGAGCUGCAUUGCUGAACAUUGGUACUGUGAUGGAGACAGUGACUGCAAGGACGGAUCAGAUGAGGAAAACUGCCGUGAGUUGCCCUGUGUGUGUGUGUGUGUGUGUGUGUGUGUGUGUGCUUAUAUUUGUCCUGUUUCACACAUGUACAAGUGUGUAUUCUACACAUGUGUCCUGGAAAGAGAUGGAGACCUGCACACUGUCUGAAAAGGAAUACAUCCAAAACUGAGGCUUUAAUGCAAAAUAAAGAUGUAUAUUAAAACAUCAUGGUGUCCAAAAAAUCAUCAGUGCAUAAAUGAAAGGUGGAAACAAAACACAAACGUUUCAGCCUCAGGCCAUCAUCAGUGUAAAUUGUCUGCACACACAUGGCCUGAGGCCAAAACGUUUGUGUUUUGUUUCCACCUUUCGAUUAUGCACUUUCUUGCACUGUGAUUUUUUGGCCACCAUGAUGUUUUAAUAAUUGCAUUCAAGCCUCAGUUUUGGAUGUAUUCAUUGUUUCUACAGUGUGUGGGUCUCCAUCUCUUCCAGUAUUCUUAUUUUGACACCUACACACCUGGAACAGACACUAUUCAGUAGUAAGAACCUUAAAAAAGCGCAGACAGCCUCGUAUCAUUUAUACGCAUGUGUGAAAUGGAAAUGUUUUUUUUGCAUGUCCCAACUCCCCCUGAGACACAUACUGUACGUGUGUGUCCCCUCUCUCUCUCUCUCUCUCUCUGGCGAGGGGAAUUUCAAUGGUAUGGAUAAAGAAUUGGCAGCAGGAUUUCAAAGGGCCUCGCACAGGUGUACACUCUGAGCCUUAUCUUCCCUUUGUCGCCAAGGGGUCAGUGUGUCGACAUUACAGCUUCACCAAACUAUCCCCACCCCUUACCUAUUUUGACUGCCCUAGUGUAAAACACACUGAAUGUCAGAACCACAUACUGUCUUUAUAGUUUAUGACAGAAAGGUUUGGGGGCAAAGUGAGAGGGGGUGGAGGAGAAUGUGUGUUAAAUAUGUACCCCCCCCCCCCCCCCCCCCUCUCUCUUUUUCUCCCUUUCUCUCUCCCUCUGUAGCAUCUGAUGUAAUGACGGCCACCUGUAGUGUUGAAGAGUUCCAGUGUGCAUACGGACGCUGUAUUCUGGACAUUUACCACUGUGACGGAGACGACGACUGUGGAGACUGGUCUGAUGAGUCCGACUGCUGUAAGUACACACACACACACGUCUGAUUCAGGUAGCUAAUCAUUGACAUCUGCAGGCGCCAGCACCAUAAAUGCUACAUCAGAGGCUGCUACACCGCCAGGCAGCAAACACAUACUGUACCUCAAAUUCCUCUGCUACACAAACAAACACAGACACACAGACACACACACACAGACACACACACAAACACACACACACAGAGAGAACCUGCUGUGGCCGGACGACAGCUUGGAAUUCUACCCAGAAUGCCGAGCGCCCUAUUUCUCAAGUGGAAUGUAAACAAAGGGGUCAGUAUGUUAGGGGCAGGUAGGAUUGCAGGUGGGCUACAACUUUAUCAUGAGGGACAGGAGUGAGGGAGUGAAGUUCAGUAUUUGAGAGGUGCCACUGACACUCUUUGUUUUAUUUUUAAGGCCUUAUCAGGUGAAAGCAAUAGUGUGUCAAAUUUCCAGUCAAGUGUUCAUAAAAGAAAAGAGAUAAGGAUAGGAUCGGCUGAGGUUAAACAGAAUUGAGACAAGUUGGUGAUGGCUGGUCCAGCUGUUACCAUUGUAGCUAUGAUUGAGCUUGAGCAGUGACUGUAAUGGCUACACUGCAGAAAUCUGUCUCCCUCACUUAUUAUGGCUCUCUGAGCGUUCCCUAACACAGAUUCCUGGAAUGCCCUGUCCCAUUCUCCUUGCUGACAGCUGUCGUGGUAGAGCCUGCUGCUCCGUGGUGUGUCUAUGUUACGUGCGUGUGUGCAUGUCUGCGUGCGUUGGAAAACACUUCCCGUCUUUUUCUCUCUAACACACACAUACGCGCGAGCUAGCUAGCGUUUCGAUUAGCACAGGCUAUCAUGUUUCUCCUCUUCACUCCAAAGAAUGUACCCUGUUAGACUAAUAAUAACUAAGACCUUACUGUAUCUCUAGCUCAGUCUUUCAUCUCUCCCUGUCCCACAGUCUCUCUUUCGCUUUCUUUCUCGUUCUCUCUCUCUCUUUCUUUCUCUUUCUCUCACUCUCUCUUUCUCUCUCUCUCGCUCACUGAUACACACACUCUCUCUCAUUCUCUCUGUCAUGGCAGCCCACACAAAAUGCCUGUGAAUGGAUCUCUAAUAGCAUGCAUCAGACUAGGGAGUAGGAUGAGAGGAGCGAGAGCAGUGAUUCUCAAACUCCUCUCUUCUUUGAUGUUGUCUUUAACGGUGAUAAGCUUUUUUUUUUUAAAGGCUUUCUUUGUGACUGACUGAUCAGUAAGGUCAUGUUAGUUGCAUGUCUUCGUCCCCUCUCUUCUCCUCCUCUAUCAUCCCUUUCUCCGCCCUCCACAAGCAUUUCGCUACACCCGCAAUAACAUCUGCUAAAUAUGUGUAUGUGACCAACAGAAACUUGAUUUGAUUUGAUAAUUGCCCCCCUUGCCUGGGGAUAUUUAUAAUUUUUUUGGGAGAGUUGAAAACGCAUCAAAGAAAAAGAAAAAGGACAGAGAUAAAAAAAAAUAGGAAAAGAAGACCUUACACUACAGCUGGGAGAGGAGACAUACCAGAGAGGAAUAAGACUAGCCAUCCUCACACUGCAUGUCUUGGCAUUGACUGUAUGCUGGACGCUUUGAUAGAAAAACACUGGCACACUCUUAGAUGGGCAUGGUGUGUGUGUUCAGAAUGGAGAGCGAUCUGGGCACACGAGCAGAUCAAACGGUUAUCUGUGUGUUUAGUGGUGUGUGUGUGUGUGUGUAUGGCUAUGUCUGUGUAUUCGUUGUGUGUGUGUGUAUUCUGAGAGUUGGGCACACACGGGUAGAUGAAACGGUUCUCUGUGUGUGUGGGUGUCAAUGUGGACGACAGGGUACCAGCUGAUAAGUGGGUUUGAACAUGAGAACACUGUCCAUUUAAAAUGUCUUUCCAUUUCUCUCUCUCUCUCUCUCUCUCUCUCUCUCUCUCUCUCUCUCUCUCUCUCUCACCACCUGGUGUUUUGAUCAUCCCCUCAUCACACACACAGCUUUCUUAUCUCCCUCUCUUCUGUUCUGUUGGCGCUGUUCCCUUCUCUUGUCUAACUGAUAACACUUCACAUGGACGCAUGCAGACACUCUACAGCACUUGUUCUCUCACGCUUCCUCUCUUUUUUACCCUCGCUUUAUUCAUUCCUCAGCUCUCUGUCCUUAUCUUCUACCCUCAGCCCUUCAGCCUCAUAUGAACAGGCUCUAUUGUUAGAUCAUGAAUAAAAGUGUGUGUGUCCUUGUGUGUGUUCGUUUGGUCUUGGAUAUAUAUGUUUGAUUCUUUUGCAAACAUGCAUGUCCUGCCCCACAUGUUUCUUUCUGUUCUGUCCCUGUAAAAGCAUCUUUGUAUUAUCAGGGUCCUUCAGAUAAAUUGUUUUACACUGUCAGGGAUGAUUGAAGUUCCAAAAGCAUUUGCAUUUUAUCUCACGGUAGUGAUUGUGUGUGUGUGCGUGCAUGUGUGUGUGUCCUGCAGCCUCCCACCAGCCUUGUCGUUCUGUGGAGUUCAUGUGCAGCAGUGGGAUGUGCAUCAACGCUGGCUGGAGGUGUGACGGGGAGUUUGACUGUGAUGACCAAUCAGAUGAGAAGAACUGCAGUAAGUAUCUGCUUGUGUGUGUGUGUGUGUACAUAUUGUGUGUGUGUUUCUGUGUGUUUGUGUAUGCAAUGUAUGUAGAUUGUGUGUGUGUGUGUGUGUGUGUGUGUGUGUGUCUAACCAACCUGUCCUCUCCCUCCAGCCACCUCCAUGUGUACUGCGGAUCAGUUCCGCUGUGCAUCGGGACGCUGUGUCAGGUUGUCAUGGAGAUGUGACGGCGAGGAGGACUGCUCUGACGGCAGCGAUGAAGAUGACUGUGAGAAGACUGGUACGUGUGUGGGUGUGUGCACUUGUGCAGAUCGGCAUUAAUCUAAACUAGACAGUACAGAGGAAAUAAAAGGAUACAAAGGAGGAAAGAGAGCUCCAGGGACUUAGUUAUUAUAGGCGGGGCUAAACAAACAUUGAGCUAAAUCUCACACCUCAGACAUGCACCCUAUAAUUCAGUAUCCAUGACAACAGUUGCAGGACAGCUCUCCAUGCUGAAAAGCAUCAUGGGAGAGGAAACUGUCAGAGGGAAAGUAUAUUGGAUGAUCACCCCACCCAGGGUGGAGUCUAGAUCCAGUCAAUCUAAAGAACGGUUACCAUUACCCCACCGACCUUUUGUGUCUAUCCUUCAAAAGUCAGAGGCUAAGUCCCAAAUGGUACCCUAUUCCCUAUAUAGUGCACUACUUUUGACCAGGACCCAAGGGGUGCCAUUUGAAACAGAGUUUUCAGAUGUUGUCCAUUGUUCUUCACAGCUUUUUUCCCAGCCCAUUGUAACUUUCUCCAUCUAUCUCCCCACCAGACACCCCAUCCAUGUGCUCCAGACCAGUUCCUGUGUGGGAACGGCCGUUGUAUUGGCCAGAGGAAGGUCUGUAAUGAGGUCAGCGACUGUGGAGAUGGGACGGACGAACACCCUCACCAGGACUGCCGUGAGUUAUGUCUGACUGUAUAAGGGGAAGGGUGUGUGUGUGUGUGUGUGUUUGGGGGCUUAUGCGGAAACUUCUGUAAGGCUCCACAUCAUAAUAUCUCUCUAACAAGUGUGUGUGUGUGUUUGAGUGUAGGCCCGCGGUCCAGCGAGGGCAACUGUAACCUGAAUAACGGAGACUGUUCUCAGAAGUGUCAGAUGGCCAGAGGUCUGGUCCAGUGUACCUGUCAUACUGGCUACAGACUGAUGGAGGAUGGCAGGGCCUGCCAGGGUGAGAUUGUGUGUGUGUGUGCGUGUGCGUGCGAUGAGAGACUGAAAAAAUUUAACGUAAAUGAGCUCUGCUGAUUUUAUAAUGAGUUGAUUGAAAAUGUAUAUAUUUUAGGUGUUUACACUUGCAGUUUCAUCACAUAUUCUCUUACACCCCCCGUUCCCAGAUGUGGAUGAGUGUGCAGAGGAGGGCUACUGCAGCCAGGGUUGUACCAACACAGAGGGGGGGUUCCAGUGCUGGUGUGUGCAGGGCUACGAGCUGAGGCCUGACAAGCGCAGCUGCAAGGCGCUGGGUGAGUCCACUCACAACCUUUCAAUUUAAGACCUUUGGCUUCAACAUUUGGAGGGAUUGCGAGCGCCUGGGGAAGUUGUUUACCUGAAAUGCAUCAGGGUUUUGUGUUUCUUAAACAUGUUUUGCCUGCAUGGAAUUCAAACCAUUUCCCUUACUCUGCCCUGGGUAGUGGGUGACCCAUAUGCAUCAUAGUUGUGUUUAAAACAUGCAAACAUGUUUCAUCUGCAUUUAAUUGUAACCAUAUCCCUUGCUAAGCUUGGGGGAGUUGGACUGUGGCUGAGGUUAGCUCAUAGUUUAAGGUCAGAAAAGCGAGUGCUUGGGUGCAUCCCAAAUGGCACCUUAUAUCCUAUAGUGCACUACUGUACUAAAGUAGUUCACUAUAAAGCAAUAGGGUGCCAUUUGAAACGCAGGCCUGGUCUGUACUAUAUUUAGAUAUGAAGCUAGGGUCCACUACAUUGCCAAUACAGCACCCCACAAAUCUGGUGUGUAUCACUGGUGAACCCCGGUCGAGCAUCUCUGCUUGGGUUCCAGUGGCCAGGGGGUGUACUUGACUGACUGACUAAUAUUAAUGUUGGGUCUUAUUGAAAGUGAUAGCUGGAGUUUCCUGCAAGAGCUGAGUUUUUCUUCCUCUCUCCCUUGCACUCCACACCCUCUCCCCUCUCUCCCUCUUUCUAUUACUCUCCUCAUUUUGCUUCUCACUACCCUCCCUCUCUCCUUUCCCUCCCUCCUCUCUAUACCCUCCUCUCUUUACCCUACUCUGUACCCCCCCAUUAGGUCCUGAGCCAGUGCUGCUGUUCGCUAACCGUAUAGACAUCCGCCAGGUGUUGCCCCAUCGGUCAGAGUACACUCUGCUGCUGAACAACCUGGAAAACGCUAUCGCUCUGGACUUCCACCACAACCAGGAGCUGGUCUUCUGGUCCGACGUCACGCUCGACCGCAUCAUGAAGGCCAACCUGAACGGGAGCAACGUGGAGGAAGUGGUUUCCACUGGCUUAGAGAGUCCAGGUAUGAACAUGACCGUUUAUGGUCUAACUCUGGUCAAAACACACACGGGAGAAUGCAUAGCAGGUGGUUUUCCACCACCAUUGAUACGAUCACAGAUGGUCAUGCUACAUUCUGAACACACAAAAUUAUUUAAAGGAAAGCCCAGUUAUAACUACGACCACACAUGGUUUUACUAUGGUCAGAACAUGUUUCAACAUAGUAUGUACAGCACUGCAACAGUCAUAAUACAAGGUUUAGGACAAAUUACGAGUCAACACAAUCUGGCCUUGCUGAAGAAGACAAAUGGAUGGCAUUUUCUAAUCCAAAAAGGUCAAAUAGGGGGGCUUAUAUUUGUUCUGUGUAACCUGUACAAGUGUGUGGUGUGAAAUGGAAAUGUGUUUUUUUGCAUAUCCCACUCUGAGACACCCUCAGAGAGUGGGGUCACGGCCAGGGAUCAGCCAUUAAUGACAGCAACCCUGGAGCAAUUAGGGUUAAGUGCCUUGCUCAAGGGCAGAUCAACAGAUAUUUCACCUAGUCUGCUCAGGAAUUCGAACUAGCAAUCUUUCGGUUACUGGCCCAACGCUCUAUCCGCUAGGCUACCUGCCGCCCUUUAAUCCCAAAUGUGAUUUUAGCUUCUACACUUUUACCCAAAGUUUGCCCCAAACCAUAACCCCUAGAUAAAAACUAGAUGGCUCAACAGCGCUGAUUCUUUUGCCACAUUUUAAUAUUACCAUCUAUUGACUACCAGGGUUGUGUUUAUUAGGGCAUGCAACAUAACAUGUUUUAAAACUUUUGCAAUGGAAAACAAAAGACUGUUUUUAAUUAAGUCAAGACAGUCCCUCCCUGUUUCAGUCCGUUUUCCUCCGUUUGGUGCCUAAUGAACAUGACCCUGCUCUCUCCCUCUAGGUGGUCUGGCUAUAGACUGGAUCCAUGACAAGCUAUACUGGACUGACUCAGGGACGUCCCGUAUUGAGGUGGCCAAUCUGGAUGGAACCCACCGCAAGGUCCUCCUAUGGCAGAGCAUGGAGAAACCCCGAGCCAUCGCACUGCACCCUAUAGAGGGGUAAGGAGGAUCUCUCUCUUUCUCCUCUCUCUUCUCUAUCCCUACCUGCCAACCUGCACGUAUUUUGUGUACCAUACACGCAAUUUCAGGUCAAAGUAUGCUGGUACAAAAAACGACCCUAAACAAUGCAAAAAUAAGCUUCUAGUAGGCACAUUGUGGUUUUUGACUCUGAAGUUGGAGCUGAACCAAUCAUAGGACUCAGACGAGGAGAAAAAAUCUCCAGCCCUCCCAGCCCCCCAUAGUCGUAGUACUAUUUUCGUCCCUGCAGCUGGAUGGCAGCUCUCCACUUUGUCUGUUGAUACCACUGAUGUGUGAGGGAAAAGGGUAGGGAAUAUGGAGAAUGGACUGUUUGCCAAAUACAUUUUCCAAAAUUGUAUGCGUUAGUCAAGCACAUAACCAAUAUUAUUUCUUAGAUAGCUCCUUAGCUAAGGCGUCUUUUACAAAACAGGUAGUUAGCUACAAAUUAAAAAUGCCAGUUUACAUUUCCACUAGAGUUUCCACAUUAAGACACCUAUGAAUUAGAAUGAUAAUCUCCCCUAAAUUUAACCCAAAAAAAUUUGAAAGUAUCAUUGAGACCACCUCAAUUUAAUUUAGGAUCACACACUAGACUACUGUGUUGGCUACAUUGUUUAAUAUCAUUUAAGACUCUAGGGUUCAGGAAAUGGCAUUUAAAGUUUUAUUUAUUUUUUUAUAGCAAAAUGCUCCAAUUUCCUUCUCCAACUUCACAACUUCCAGACCUCUCUCCUACUCACCCUUAGGCCUACAUCAGCACCACCUAGUCAGAAAUGCCUAAGGAGAGCCUUGAUUGUACAUUUUAAAGUGGCAAUUUUAACUUUUUGGGCGACCCGACCAAAUUUACAUAGAGAUGUGAGUUAUAGAUAUAUAAUUCUACUUGAAAGCAUGUCUAAGAAGUGGUACAUCUGUUCUAUGUGCACGAUUGGCGCAGUGGUCUAAGGCACUGCAUCUCAGUGCUUGAGGCGUCACUACAGACCCCCUGGUUCGAUUCUAGGCUGUAUCACAACCGGCCGUGAUUGCGAGUCCAAUAGGGCGGCGCACAAUUGGCCCAGCGUCGUCCGGGUUUGGCCGGUGUAGGUCGUCAUUGUAAAUAAGAAUUUGUUCUUAACUGACUUGCCUAGUUAAAUAAAGGUAAAAUAAAAUACAUUUUCUAUGCUUCCCAUUCUUCAGUUUUGUUUUUGCGUCUUCUACUUUCAGUUCUGUACACCAGCUUCAAACAGCUGAAACAAUAAUAGUUUUAUUUAUUUUGUAUUUUUAUUUAUUUUUAGGGUGUAGAUCAGCUUUAAUAUUGCAGAUAGAUUGUAACUUCCAUCAAUGUAAUUGUCUGCAUUACUUCCAAUCACCCAUAUGUUUUUUUUUUCUCGCAAAUAUAUAUAUAUAUAUAUAUAAACAUACAUACAGUGAGGGAAAAAAGUAUUUUAUCCCCUGCUGAUUUUGUACGUUUGCCCACUGACAAAGACAUGAUCAGUCUAUCAUUUUAAUGGUAGGUUUAUUUGAACAGUGCGAGACAGAAUAACAACAACAAAAUCCAGAAAAAUGCAUGUCAAACAUGUUAUGAAUUCAUUUGCAUUUUAAUUAGGGAAAUAAGUAUUCGACCCUUGUUGGCAAUCACAUAUAUAAUAUAAUAAUAUAAUAUGCCAUUUAGCAGACGCUUUUAUCCAAAGCGACUUACAGUCAUGUGCGCAUACAUUUUUACGUACAGUGGGGAAAAAAAGUAUUUAGUCAGCCACCAAUUGUGCAAGUUCUCCCACUUAAAAAGAUGAGAGAGGCCUGUAAUUUUCAUCAUAGGUACACGUCAACUAUGACAGACAAAAUGAGAAAAAAAAAUCCAGAAAAUCCCAUUGUAGGAUUUUUUAUGAAUUUAUUUGCAAAUUAUGGUGGAAAAUAAGUAUUUGGUCACCUACAAACAAGCAAGAUUUCUGGCUCUCACAGACCUGUAACUUCUUCUUUCAGAGGCUCCUCUGUCCUCCACUCGUUACCUGUAUUAAUGGCACCUGUUUGAACUUGUUAUCAGUAUAAAAUACACCUGUCCACAACCUCAAACAGUCACACUCCAAACUUCACAAUGGCCAAGACCAAAGAGCUGUCAAAGGACACCAAAAACAACAUUGUAGACCUGCACCAGGCUGGGAAGAAUGAAUCUGCAAUAGGUAAGCAGCUUGGUUUGAAGAAAUCAACUGUGGGAGCAAUUAUUAGGAAAUGGAAGACGUACAAGACCACUGAUAAUCUCCCUCGAUCUGGGGCUCCACGCAAGAUCUCACCCCGUGGGGUCAAAAUGAUCACAAGAACGGUGAGCAAAAAUCCCAGAACCACACGGGGGGACCUAGUGAAUGACCUGCAGAGAGCUGGGACCAAAGUAACAAAGCCAACCAUCAGUAACACACUACGCCGCCAGGGACUCAAAUCCUGCAGUGCGAGACGUGUCCCCCUGCUUAAGCCAGUACAUGUCCAGGCCCGUCUGAAGUGCAUUUGGAUGAUCCAGAAGAGGAUUGGGAGAAUGUCAUAUGGUCAGAUGAAACCAAAAUAUAACUUUUUGGUAAAAACUCAACUCGUCAUGUUUGGAGGACAAAGAAUGCUAAGUUGCAUCCAAAGAACACCAUACCUAUUGUGAAGCAUGGGGUUGGAAACAUCAUGCUUUGGGGCUGUUUUUCUGCAAAGGGACAAGGACGACUGAUUUGUGUAAAGGAAAGAAUGAAUGGGGCCAUGUAUCGUGAGAUUUUGAGUGAAACCCUGCUUCCAUCAGCAAGGGCAUUGAAGAUGAAACGUGGCUGGGUCUUUCAGCAUGACAAUGAUCCCAAACACACCGCCCAGGUAACGAAGGAGUGGCUUCGUAAGAAGCAUUUCAAGGUCCUGGAGUGGCCUAGCCAGUCUCCAGAUCUCAACCCCAUAGAAAAUCUUUGGAGGGAGUUGAAAGUCUGUGUUGCCCAGCGACAGCCCCAAAACAUCACUGCUCUAGAGGAGAUCUGCAUGGAGGAAUGGGCCAAAAUACCAGCAACAGUGUGUGAAAACCUUGUGAAGACUUACAGAAAACGUUUGACCUGUGUCAUUGCCAACAAAGGGUAUAUAACAAAGUAUUGAGAAACUUUUGUUAUUGACCAAAUACUUAUUUUCCACCAUCAUAUGCCAAUAAAUUCAUUAAAAAUCCUACAACGUGAUUUUCUGGAUUUUUUUUUCUCAUUUUGUCUGUCAUAGUUGACGUGUACCUAUGAUGAAAAUUACAGCCCUCUCUCAUCUUUUUAAGUGGGAGAACUUGCACAAUUGGUGGCUGACUAAAUACUUUUUUUCCCCACUGUAUGGGUGGUCCCGGGGAUCGAACCCACUACCCUGGCGUUACAAGCGCCAUGCUCUACCAAUUGAGCUACAGAGGACCACAUAGGUCAGACGUUUCUUGUAGUUGGCUACCAGGUUUGCACACAUCUCAGGAGGGAUUUUGUCCCACUCCUCUUCUCCAAGUCAUUAAGGUUUCGAGGCUGACGUUUGGCAACUCAAACCUUCAGCUCCCUCCACAUAUGUUCUAUGGGAUUAAGGGCUGGAGACUGGCUAGGCCACUCCAGGACCUUAAUGUGCUUCUUCUUGAGCCACUACUUUGUUGCCUUGGCCGUGUGUUUUGGUUCAUUGUCAUGCUGGAAUACCCAUCCACGACCCAUUUUCAAUGCCCUGGCUGAGGGAAGGAGGUUCUCACCCAAGAUUUGACGGUACAUGGCCCCGUCCAUCGUCCCUUUGAUGCAGUGAAGUUGUCCUGUCCCCUUAGCAGAAAAACACCCCCAAAGCAUAAUGUUUCCACCUCCAUGUUUGACGGUGGGGAUGGUGUUAUUGGGGUCAUAGGCAGCAUUCCUCCUCCUCCAAACACGGCGAGUUGAGUUGAUGCCAAAGAGCUCAAUUUCAACCCUGGUAGUCAGAGUUCAACACUUUCACCCAGUUCUCCUCUGAAUCAUUCAGAUGUUCAUUGGCAAACUUCAGACGGGCCUGUAUAUGUGCUUUCUUGAGCAGGGGGACCUUGCGGGCGCUGCAGGAUUUCAGUCCUUCACGGCAUAGUGUGUUACCAAUUGUUUUCUUGGUGACUAUGGUCCCAGCUGCCUUGAGAUCAUUGACAAGAUCCUCCCGUGUAGUUCUGGGCUGAUUCCUCACCGUUCUCAUGAUCAUUGCAACUCCACGAGGUGAGAUCUUGCAUGGAGCCCCAGGCCGAGGGAGAUUGACAGUUAUUUUGUGUUUCUUCCAUUUGCGAAUAAUCGCACCAAUUGUUGUCACCUUCUCACCAAGCUGCUUGGCGAUGGUCUUGUAGCCCAUUCCAGCCUUGUGUAGGUCUACAAUCUUGUCCCUGACAUCCUUGGAGAGCUCUUUGGUCUUGGCCAUGGUGGAGCAUUUGGAAUCUGAUUGAUUGAUUGCUUCUGUGGACAGGUGUCUUUUAUACAGGUAACAAGCUGAGAUUAGGAGCACUCCCUUUAAGAGUGUGCUCCUUAUCUCAGCUUGUUAUCUGUAAAAAAAGACACCUGGGAGCAAGAAAUCUUUCUGAUUGAGAGGGGGUCAAAUACCUAUUUCCCUCAUUUAAAAUGCAAAUCAAUUUAUAACAUUUUUGACAUGCGUUUUUCUGGAUUUUUUUGUUGUUAUUCUGUCUCUCACUGUUCAAAUAAACCUACCAUAAACAUUAUAGACUGAUCAUGUCUGUGUCAGUGGGCAAACAUACAAAAUCAGCAGGGGAUCAAAUACUUUUUUCCAUCACUGUACUUACAGUGGGGAGAACAAGUAUUUGAUACACUGCCAAUUUUGCAGGUUUUCCUACUUACAAAGCAUGUAGAGGUCUGUAAUUUUUAUCAUAGGUACACUUCAACUGUGAGAGACGGAAUCUAAAACAAAAAUCCAGAAAAUCUCAUUUUAUGAUUUUUAAGUAAUUAAUUUGCAUUUUAUUGCAUGACAUAAGUAUUUGAUCACCUACCAACCAGUAAGAAUUCCGGUUCUCACAGACCUGUUAGUUUUUCUUUAAGAAGCCCUCCUGUUCUCCACUCAUUACCUGUAUUAACUCCAUCUGUUUGAUCUUGUUACCUGUAUAAAAGACACCUGUCCACACACUCAAUCAAACAGACUCCAACCUCUCCACAAUGGCCAAGACCAGAGAGCUGUGUAAGGACAUCAGGGAUAACAUUGUAGACCUGCACAAGGCUGGGAUGGGCUACAGGACAAUACGCAAGCAGCUUGGUGAGAAGGCAACAACUGUUGGCGCAAUUAUUCGAAAAUGGAAGAAGUUUAAGAUGACGGUAAUUCACCCUCAGUCUGGGGCUCCAUGCAAGAUCUCACCUCGUGGGGCAUCAAUGAUCAUGAGGAAGGUGAGGGAUCAGCCCAGAACUACACGGCAGGACUUGGUCAAUGACCUGAAGAUAGCUGGGACCACAGUCUCAAAGAAAACCAUUAGUAACAUACUACGCCGUCAUGGAUUAAAAUCCUGCAGCGCACGCAAGGUCCCCCUGCUCAAGCCAGCGCAUGUCCAGGCCCGUCUGAAGUUUGCCAAUGACCAUCUGGAUGAUCCAGAGGAGGAAUGGGAGAAGGUCAUGUGGUCUGAUGAGACAAAAAUAGAGCUUUUUGGUCUAAACUCCACUUGCCGUGUUUGGAGGAAGAAGAAGGAUGAGUACAACCCCAAGAACACCAUCCCAACCGUGAAGCAUGGAGGUGGAAACAUCAUUCUUUGGGGAUGCUUUUCUGCAAAGGGGACAGGACGACUGCACCCUAUUGAGGGGAGGAUGGAUGGGGCCAUGUAUCGCGAGAUCUUGGCCAACAACCUCCUUCCCUCAGUAAGAGCAUUGAAGAUGGGUCGUGGCUGGGUCUUCCAGCAUGACAACGACCCGAAACACACAGCCAGGGCAACUAAGGAGUGGCUCCGUAAGAAGAAUCUCAAGGUCCUGGAGUGGCCUAGCCAGUCUCCAGGCCUGAACCCAAUAGAAAAUCUUUGGAGGGAGCUGAAAGUCCGUAUUGCCCAGCGACAGCCCCGAAACCUGAAGGAUCUGGAGAAGGUCUGUAUGGAGGAGUGGGCCAAAACCUGUGGGCCAAAAGCAGUGUGUGCAAACCUGGUCAAGACCUUCAGGAAACGUAUGAUCUCUGUAAUUGCAAACAAAGGUUUAUGUACCAAAUAUUAAGUUCUGCUUUUCACAUGCUGUUGUGCAAAUGGAAUAGACAACAGGUGGAAAUUAUAGGCAAUUAGCAAGACACCCCCAAUAAAGGACUGGUUUUGCAGGUGGUGACCACAGACCACUUCUCAGUUCCUAUGCUUCCUGGCUGAUGUUUUGGUCACUUUUGAAUGCUAGCGGUGCUUUCACUCUAGUGGUAGCAUGAGACGGAGUCUACAACCCACACAAGUGGCUCAGGUAGUGCAGCUCAUCCAGGAUGGCACAUCAAUGCGAGCUGUGGCAAGAAGGUUUGCUGUGUCUGUCAGCAUAGUGUCCAGAGCAUGGAGGCGCUACCAGGAGACAGGCCAGUACAUCAGGAGACGUGGAGGAGGCCGUAGGAGGGCAACAACCCAGCAGCAGGACUUCUACCUCCGCCUUUGUGCAAGGAGGAGCAGGAGGAGCACUGCCAGAGCCCUGCAAAAUGACCUCCAGCAGGCCACAAAUGUGCAUGUGUCUGCUCAAAUGGUCAGAAACAGACUCCAUGAGGGUGGUAUGAGGGCCCGACGUCCACAGGUGGGGGUUGUGCUUACAGCCCAACACCGUGCAGGACGUUUGGCAUUUGCCAGAGAACACCAAGAUUGGCAAAUUCGCCACUGGCGCCCUGUGCUCUUCACAGAUGAAAGCAGGUUCACACUGAGCAAGUGACAGAGUCUGGAGAUGCCGUGGAGAACGUUCUGCUGCCUGCAACAUCCUCCAGCAUGACCGGUUUGGCGGUGGGUCAGUCAUGGUGUGGGGUGGCAUUUCUUUGGGGGGCCGCACAGCCCUCCAUGUGCUUGCCAGAGGUAGCCUGACUGCCAUUAGGUACCGAGAUGAGAUCCUCAGACCCCUUGUGAGACCAUAUGCUGGUGCGGUUGUCCCUGGGUUCCUCCUAAUGCAAGACAAUGCUAGACCUCAUGUGGCUGGAGUGUGUCAGCAGUUCCUGCAAGAGGAAGGCAUUGUUGCUAUGGACUGGCCUGCCCGUUCCCCAGACCUGAAUCCACUUGAGCACAUCUGGGACAUCCUGUCUCGCUCCAUCCACCAACGCCACGUUGCACCACAGACUGUCCAGGAGUUGGCGGAUGCUUUAGUCCAGGUUUGGGAGGAGAUCCCUCAGGAGACCAUUCGCCACCUCAUCAGGAGCAUGCCCAGGCGUUGUAGGGAGGUCAUACAGGCACGUGGAGGCCACACACUACUGAGCCUCAUUUUGACUUGUUUUAAGGACAUUACAUCAAAGUUGGAUCAGCCUGUAGUGUGGUUUUCCAUUUUAAUUUUGAGGGUGACUCCAAAUCCAGACCUCCAUGGGUUGAUACAUUUGAUUUCCAUUGAUCAUUUUUGUGUGAUUUUGUUGUCAGCUCAUUCAACUAUGUAAAGAAAAAAGUAUUUAAUAAGAUUAUUUCAUUCAUUCAGAUCUAGGAUGUGUUAUUUUAGUGUUCCCUUUAUUUUAUUGAGCAGUGUAUAUACGGAAAACAUAUGCUUUAAGUACUUUGCUUCCUCAUUUGGUAAAUAAUGAGUGACUCCGUCAUUUGUAACCAGUUUCAGUAAAUUAUUUUUGGUAGCAUUUCUAUGUUGAAAAUAAAAACAUAAUUUGGUGCAUUUUUCCCAAUAUUCCAUCCAGUUUGCUUUAUUUUUAUAAUAUAUUACACUUGAUCUUUCUUGAUUAAGUUCCAUCCAUUUCUUUUAGUUUUUUUCUGUAAUUUAUUCAGAGCCUCUAUGUUACAGUUUUUAUUGAUAUCUAUCUGUUCUGUUAGACCUUCCAUUUCCUUUGUUAGUAUGGACUCUUGACCUAAAUUGCUUUUGUUUUCGAGAUGAGUACUGAAUUGCAUGGCCUCUAAAGGCCCAUUUAAAGGUGUCCCAUACAAUAAGGGGAUUUGCUGUACCUAUGUUAUGUCGGACAAAUUCAGUUAUAAAUUCCUUUGUCCUAGUUAAAAACAAGUUAUCAUCCAAUAAGCUUUGAUGAAAUUUCCAAGAUCCUUGCCCACGUGGAAAUUCAGUAAGAGUAAUGUAUAUGCCACUUAUAUGAUGGUCCGACCGCAUUCUGUACCCUAUCAACACUUUUUAAACUUUUGGUGCCAACGGGAAUGACAUAAAAAAGAAGUCAAGACGACUAGCUUGAUUGAGUCUCCGCCAUGUAUAUUUAACUAAGUCAGGAUAUUUAAGUGUCCAUAUAUCCACUAGUUCUAAUGUAUCCAUAACAUUCAUGAUUUACUUAAGAGCAUGAGGGUGAUAGUUUGUAGUGUGAUUUCCUUUACAACAAUAUUUGUGAUUAUGGAAAACACAUUAAGAAGUAAAGAAAUUCCACAAAUUACUUUUAACAUGGCACAUCUGUUAAUUGAAAUGCAUUCCAGGUGAAUCUGGUUGAGAGAAUGCCAAGAGUGUGCAACGCUGUCAUCAAGGCAAAGGGUGGCUAGUUUGAUGAAUCUAAAAUCUAAAAUAUAUUUUGAUUUGUUUAACACUUUUUGGGUUACUACAUGAUUCCAUAUGUGUUAUUUCAUAGUUUUGAUGUCUUCACUAUUAUUUUACAAUGUAGAAAAUAGUUAAAAUAAAGAACCCCUUGAAUUAGUAGGUGUGUCCAAACCUUUGACUGGUACUGUAGCCUGUGUCAUUCUUGGGAGGUGGAACCUAAACAAGCAAUUGCAGGAAUUACGUCAAAAUAGGCGUGGCUUUGCCCUCUGGUGGGCACCUUUAAUAUGCCACAGUGACAGUUUGAUGCUUUAGAACCUCUAGCGACAUGGAAAAGUUGGAAACUAUUAAUUUACUAAUUUAGCUCAUCAAAUAGCUAAUUUGCGUGUGGUAAUUGAGAGGAUGAUUGGUAAAUUGGCUAUGAAUGCUGAGAGCCAAAGUAUAUAGAUGAUUGAAAGACAGGAACCAGGGCGGAGAACGUGUCAGUGACCUUGAUCAGUUAAGUUUCAAAGUUUUAAAGUUAUUCAAACAGCUGACAUCAGUGGCAUCUGAUAACAACUAUGAAUUACCUAGGUUCGAAUAGUAUUUAUUUUCUUUUAAAUACUUUGAAUGUUGUUUGAUUGAGCCUGCAUGGAGUGCCAGAUGGGCGGGGUUUUGUGGUGGACAUUUUAAAUACUAUCAAAUAAGGACAGACAAACUUAUCACACAAGUCAGAGUUGAACUUAAAUUAAAUCUUUAUUAAAAUAACUUAUCGAUAAGUGAGCUGGUCGCAAUACCACACAACCAAGUGGAUAGAGUGAGAGCCCAACGAACAGGAAAUGCUGACGUCUUAUAUAGUGGACCAACAAAUUCUUAGUCAUGGCUGGUUCUACCCCUCCCCGGCAGAUCAGGAGCUACCUUGUUUUCUUCUUGUGGCUUUGUGAAUCAGGUCAUAGCACACAAACAAGUUAUAACGUUAGUUCCGUUACUACUCAUACAGUGGGGAAAAAAAGUAUUUAGUCAGCCACCAAUUGUGCAAGUUCUCCCACUUAAAAAGAUGAGAGAGGCCUGUCAUUUUCAUCAUAGGUACACGUCAACUAUGACAGACAAAAUGAGGAAAAAAAAUCCAGAAAUUCACAUUGUAGGAUUUUUAAUGAAUUUAUUUGCAAAUUAUGGUGGAAAAUAAGUAUUUGGUCAAUAACAAAAGUUUCUCAAUACUUUGUUAUAUACCCUUUGUUGGCAAUGACACAGGUCAAACGUUUUCUGUAAGUCUUCACAAGGUUUUCACACACGGUUGCUGGUAUUUUGGCCCAUUCCUCCAUGCAGAUCUCCUCUAGAGCAGUGAUGUUUUGGGGCUGUCGCUGGGCAACACGGACUUUCAACUCCCUCCAAAGAUUUUCUAUGGGGUUGAGAUCUGGAGACUGGCUAGGCCACUCCAGGACCUUGAAAUGCUUCUUACGAAGCCACUCCUUCGUUGCCCGGGCAGUGUGUUUGGGAUCAUUGUCAUGCUGAAAGACCCAGCCACGUUUCACCUUCACUGCCCUUGCUGAUGGAAGGAGGUUUUCAAUCAAAAUCUCACGAUACAUGGCCCCAUUAAUUCUUUCCUUUACAUGGAUCAGUUGUCCUGGUCCCUUUGCAGAAAAACAGCCCCAAAGCAUGAUGUUUCCACCCCCAUGCUUCACAGUAGGUAUGGUGUUCUUUGGAUGCAACUCAGCAUUCUUUGUCCUCCAAACAUGACGAGUUGAGUUUUUACCAAAAAGUUAUAUUUUGGUUUCAUCUGACCAUUUGACAUUCUCCCAAUCCUCUUCUGGAUCAUCCAAAUGCACUCUAGCAAACUUCAGAUGGGCCUGGACAUGUACUGGCUUAGGCAGGGGGACACGUCUGGCACUGCAGGAUUUGAGUCCCUGGCAGCGUAGUGUGUUACUGAUGGUAGGCUUUGUUACUUUGGUCCCAGCUCUCUGCAGGUCAUUCACUUGGUCCCCCCGUGUGGUUUUGGGAUUUUUGCUCACCGUUCUUGUGGUCAUUUUGACCCCACGGGGUGAGAUCUUGCGUGGAGCCCCAGAUCGAGGGAGAUUAUCAGUGGUCUUGUAUGUCUUCCAUUUCCUAAUAAUUGCUCCCACAGUUGAUUUCUUCAAUCCAAGCUGCUUACCUAUUGCAGAUUCAGUCUUCCCAGCCUGGUGCAGGUCUACAAUUUUGUUUCUGGUGUCUUUUGACAGCUCUUUGGUCUUGGCCAUAGUGGAGUUUGGAGUGUGACUGUUUGAGGUUGUGGACAGGUGUCUUUUAUACUGAUAACAAGUUCAAACAGGUGCCAUUAAUACAGGUAACGAGUGGAGGACAGAGGAGCCUCUUAAAGAAGAAGUUACAGGUCUGUGAGAGCCAGAAAUCUUGCUUGUUUGUAGGUGACCAAAUACUUAUUUUCCACCAUAAUUUGCAAAUAAAUUCAUUACAAAUCCUACAAUGUGAUUUUCUGGAGAAAAAAAAUCUCAAUUUGUCUUUCAUAGUUGACGUGUACCUAUGAUGAAAAUUACAGGCCUCUCUCAUCUUUUUAAGUGGGAGAACUUGCACAAUUGGUGGCUGACUAAAUACUUUUUUUCCCCACUGUAUAUCCACAGUAAAACGAGUCCUAUAUCGACAUAACCUGAAAGGCCGCUCAGCAAGGAAGAAGCCACUGUUCCAAAACCGCCAUAAAAAAGCCAGACUACGGUUUGCAACUGCACAUGGGGACAAAGAUCGUACUUUUUGGAGAAAUGUCCUCCGGUCUGAUGAAACAAAAAUAGAACUGUUUGGCCAUAAUGACCAUCGUUAUGUUUGGAGGAAAAAGGGGGUUGCUUGCAAGCUGAAGAACACCAUCCCAACCGUGAAGCACGGGGGUGGCAGCAUCAUGCUGCAAAAGCGUCUGGGCAUUAAGCCAAUAUUCCACUCCUACUGAGCCGACCUUGUGAGUAAACCUCUGUCUACAACAGGCGCAUUUCUAAGUAUGCAACAGGUCAAACAUCACUGACCUCAGACAUUAUUUAAAGACAUUUCAAACAUUUUGUGUACCAGGUUUACACUGGGUGUUUCAGUACAUUUGUUAUCAGGAUAAUUUACGUGUGCAACCAAAACUCUGGCAAUAGAAACUUCAGAAAAUGUCAUUUGUGUGCCCUUUAAGGUGGAUUUUAAACACCAAUAGAUUAAAUGGUUUAGAAUGAUCCGGCAAACCUAAACAAGGAGAAAAGGUUAGCAACUGUGUCAGAUUUUGUCAACUGCCUGCAAAUCCUCAGGAGUCCACUUUAUCUUGUCCUUCAUCGCCAUCUUGUGGCCAUGGGUGAAAUCAGAAAAUGGAUUUCCACCAUUCCUGUAAGUGUCAACAUGUGUUAAACAGUUCAAACAGUUCAUCAUUAUGCAAUCAUUCAUUCACAAUCAUUCUGUUAUUGUGUGCGUCCAUACAUUAAUUCAUGGGGUACCCCUCUUUAUUUGUUUAGUUCUCUAACAGUAUCUACAUUUCUUAACAGCAGUCAAAUCAUCUUAGAUCAAUCAGUUAACUAAUUCCAGGCCUAUUUUAAAUUGAAUUAGGUUCACUUCAAUUCAAUUCCAAAGAUCAGUCAACACAAUUCUCACUACUUAAAAUUAAGUUCCCGAAAGGACAGGUAUUCUUACUACACGUAACAACUUACUUGAAAACCAGGAAUCGGUUACAUCAAGAACACCUUUUCAAAUGGUGUACACAGGCCUUCUCUACACAAGGCUAAAAGCAUUUAACCUUUAAAACGUAGAAUUCUAAUGUCUUCACCGGUAGUGCUGUGAAAGCAAAGGUUAGCGGUUACAACACUGCUACAACUAGCAGGUUGACAGAAAAUGGUAUUGUUGGAAAUCAGUCAUAACUCCUUGAGUCAGUAGCUUAGUUAUAAUUUUGUAAAACUACAGUCUACAAAAUAAAUGACAUCUAAAACAAUUAUAACCCGCUAACAGCAGUAAAUGCUUUUCAAGCAGUGCAUUUCUCUUACAAAAACAAUCAUCAAAAUAAAUCACAUAACAUAGUUGGAUUGGGAACCACAGGGGCACGAGCAAACACAGCAUUAUUCACAGGCCUUAAACCUUGUACAAAACACCAAUCCCCUGAGGCUUUUCUUACUGGAAAGAUAGGGGUAUUGCAAGGUUACUCUGGACACAGGACUAACGCUCUGUGCUCUAACAGUGAGGCAUAUACAGGUGUGAUACCCGCAAUAGCCUCUUUACUGAGUGGAUACUUUGCUCUGGAGGGAGACUGGUAUCUUUGGGAGUGACUACAAGGGGCUCAGCCCCCUUCAUCCUGGGGGGGGGGAUUUUGUGUAAAUAGUCCGGGUAGCCAUGAUUAGCUGUUCAGGAGUCUUAUGGCUUGGGGGUAGAAGCUGUUGAGGAGUCUUUUGGACCUAAACUUGGCACUCCGGUACCGCUUGCCGUGCGGUAGCAGAGAGAACAGUCUAUGACUAGGGUGGCUGGAGUCUUUGAUAAUUUUGAGGGCUUUCCUCUGACACCGCCUGGUAUAGAGGUCCUGGAUGGCAGGAAGCUUGGCCCCAGUGAUGUACUGGGCCGUACGCACUACCCUCUGUAGUGCCUUGCGGUCGGAGGCCAAGCAGUUGCCAUACCAGGCGGUGAUGCAACCAGUCAGGAUGCUCUCGAUGAUGCAGCUGUAGAAUUUUUUGAGGAUCUGAGGACCCAUGCCAAAUCUUUUCAGUCUCCUGAGGGGGAAUAGGCUUUGUCGUGCCCUCUUCACGACUGUCUUGGUGUGUUUGGACCAUGAUAGUUCGUUGGUGAUGUGGACACCAAGGAACUUGAAGCUCUCAACCUGUUCCACUACAGCCCCGUCGAUGAGAAUGGGGGCGUGCUCAGUCCUCUUUUUUUUCCUGUAGUCCACAAUCAUCUCCUUUGUCUUGGUCACGUUGAGGGAGAGGUUGUUGUCCUGGCACCACACGGCCAGGUCUCUGACCUCCUCCCUAUAGGCUGUCUCAUCGUUGUCGAUGAUCAGGCCUACCACUGUUGUGUCGUCGGCAAACUUAAUGAUGGUGUUGGAGUCGUGCCUGGCCAUGCAGUCAUGGGUGAACAGGGAGUACAGGAGGGGACUGAGCACGCACCCCUGAGGGGCCCCCUGUGUUGAGGAUCAUUGUGGCAGAUGUGUUCUUACCUACCCUUACCACUUGGGGGCGGCCUGUCAGGAAGUCCAGGAUCCAGUUGCAGAGGGAGUUGUUUAGUCCCAGGAUCCUUAGCUUAGUGAUGAGCUUUGAGGGCAUUAUGGUGUUGAAUGCUGAGCUGUAGUCAAUGAAUAGCAUUCUCACGUAGGUGUUCCUCUUCUCCAGGUGGGAAAGGGCAGUGUGGAGUGCAAUAGAGAUUGCAUCAUCUGUGGAUAUGUUGGGGCGGUAUGCAAAUUGGAGUGAGUCUAGGGUUUCUGGGAUAAUGCUGUUGAUGUGAGCCAUGACCAGCCUUUCGAAGCACUUCAUGGUUGCAGACGUCAGUGCUAUGGGUCGGUAGUCAUUUAGGCAGGUUAUCUUAGAGUCCUUGGGCACGGGGACUAUGGUGGUCUGCUUGAAACAUGUUGGUAUUACAGACUCAGUCAGGGACAUGUUGAAAAUGUCAGUGAAGACACUUGCCAGUUGGUCAGCACAUGCUCGGAGUACACGUCCUGGUAAUCCGUCUGGCCCAGCGGCCUUGUGAAUGUUGACCUGCUUAAAAGUCUUAAUCACAUCGGCUACGGAGAGCGUGAUCACAUAGUCAUCCGGAACAGCUGGUGCUCUCAUGCAUGCUUCAGUGUUGCUUGCCUCGAAGCGAGCAUAGAAGUGGUUUAGCUCGUCUGGAAGUCUUGUGUCACUGGGCAGCUCGCGGCUGUGCUUCCCUUUGUAGUCUGUAAUAGUUUUCAAGCCCUGCCACAUCCGACGAGCGUCAGAGCCAGUGUAGUACGAUUCAAUCUUAGUCCUGUAUUGACUCUUUGCCUGUUUGAUGGUUCGUCGGAGGGCAUAGCAGGAUUUCUUAUAAGCGUCCGGGUUAGAGUCCCGCUCCUUGAAAGCGGCAGCUCUACCCUUUAGCUCAGUGCGGAUGUUUCCUGUAAUCCAUGGCUUCUGGUUGGGGUAUGUACAUACGGUCACUGUGGGGACGACAUCAUCGAUGCACUUAUUGAUGAAGCCAGUGACUGAUGUGGUGUACUCCUCAAUGCUAUCUGAAGAAUCCCGGAACAUGUUCCAGUCUGUGCUAGCAAAACGGAUUUAAGUUUCCCUGCAUUAAAGUCCCCGGCCACUAGGAGCGCUGCAUCUGGAUGAGCGUUUUCCUGUUGAUUUAUGGCCUUAUGCAGCUCAUUCAAUGCAAUCUUAAUGCCAGCAUUGGUUUGUGGUGGUAAAUAGACAGCUAUGAAAAAUAUAGAUGAAAACUCUCUUGGUAAAUAGUGUGGUCUACAGCUUAUCAUAAGAUACUCUACCUCAGGCGAGCAAAACCUUGAGACUUCCUUAGUAUUUGAUUUUGUGCACCAGCUGUUUUUUACAAAUAUACACAGACCGCCACCCCUUGUCUUACCGGAGUCAGCCGUUCUAUCCUGCCGAUGUAGCGUAUAGCCCGCUAGCUGUAUGUUAUCCAUGUCGUCGUUCAGCCACGACUCUGUGAAACAUAAGAUAUUACAGUUUCUAAUGUCCCGUUGGUAGGAUAACCGUAAUCUUAGGUCAUCCAAUUUGUUAUCGAAUGAUUGAAGAUUGGCUAAUAGGAUUGAUGGAAGAGGCAGUUUACUCGCUCGCCGUCGGAUCCUUACAAGGCACCCCGACCUACGUCCACGAUAUCUCCGUCUCUUCCUCACGCGAAUGACGGGGAUUUGGGCCUUGUCGGGUGUCUGUAGGAUAUCCCUCGCGGCCGCCUCGUUGAAGAAAUUAAAAAAAUUAAAAUAAUAAUAAUCACUGCUACAAUACAACCCUUCACACUGGAUAGAUUCUGGCGCUACACUUUCUAACAGCCAUUUGUUCUCAUCUCAGGUCUCUUGUCAAUGGUGAGAAAUGGGAGGUGCAAUGUAAGCCUGCUUCAGACAUAACUGCCCUCGUGACCCCAAUGCAUAAUACCAGUCACAAAACUCAGACAUUAACAUCAAUUGCUCCCCCUCCUCACAAAUAACAGUUAAACCGGUUGGGCCACAUGUUAUGUUGAUGCCUAGUUUACACAGGAGGUCCCUGCCCAUCAGAUUGACAGGACAGUGGUCAGAGUAGAGAAAUUGAUGCUGACACUUCUCCUCAUAAAAGGAGACAGGCAGAGGCAUAGUUACAUGCUCUCUGAAUGGGAGGCCUGAAGGCCCUAGUUUUGACUGUUUCACUAGACAUGGGAGGUUUUGUCAUAGCCUUUACAGUUAAUCACAGACAUCGUAGCUCCCGUAUCAACAAUAAAUAUUAUUGACUCAACAUUGAUGAAAGCCUCCACUGUUAGCUUGAUUCGAGGAAGGUUAUGGUUCUUUAAAAACAAAUGUUCUGGUUGCUCUGACAAUUCUAACUAAACUACUUCUCCCUUCUCCUCCUCUCCUGGAUUGUACAGGGCCGUCUGUGCAGGCGGCCCCAUCUGCCAGGCCCCAGGCUGGCCUCUGCCUUGAGGGCCCCCUUGUGGGCCUGGCCAUU